AUGCCUUAUUUCAAAUACAAGGGGAUCCCAUUUUCUUCAGAAUUCUUUUCAGAGGAAACACUCAGCUAUGUGGAAAACGACUUCCAACUGUUGGAUGAUGAUAUAGUGAACGCCACUUACCCCAAGUCAGGUCAGUGUUGCAAUUAGGAAAAUAGAUUUUGGAUUUAGUGGACAAAGUGCUCAACCUGCCAGCCAUAAGUUUGCUAUUGACAUAAGUCAUGAACAACCACCAUGUAGCUGCAUAGAGGUAGAAUUGUAUUGCAAUAUAUAGGACCAUCUUAAACCAGUUCCACUCCUGGAUAAAGAUUUGUCAAGGAGCAACAAGCAAAUAAAUUAUAAGACAUUUACAAAUGAAGGAAGAUAGCAAAUAAGUUGAAUAUCUGCAUAGAACUGUCUACCUCAUGUGAAAGUUACAUGUUUUUCACUUUCUGAACUACACAAAGUGAAACACAGGCAAUCCCUGAUUUUUGCAAUGAGCUUCUUCAGCUAAGUAAUGUGUACAAAAAUGCAUAUAAGUGUACAUAAAAUGCAUACUAUAGUGGGGGAAACCAUAAAAAUGCAUGAUAUUGGGAGGGAAAAUGCAUUGUAAAAAUGUGCAAGAAAUUUCACAAACUGACGUGGAAAUAUGGAGAACUGAUCUUAAGAUUGCAAAAAUGAGAAUUCAGAAUAGAAAUAUUACACAAUCCCUAGCCACUGUUGAUGUUCACAGAAGGAAGCAAAAGAACCCUUGAAAUUCCUGGGGAAGUCAAGAAACCUUGGAAAAAAGAGAGAUUUCCCAAUCAUUCUGUCUUUCUGGAAUAUCUUAACCCAGAUAUUUACAGCGCUCAUGAGCUGAACUGGGAAUAUUCCCAGGAGAAUCUUAUAUGUUAUGGCAUGCUUCUGUCAGGUCACUAGGAAGGCUGUCAGUGCUGGAUAUGGGUGGUGUGGGUGGUUCCCUUGCAAAGGGGCCCAAGUCGAGGGGGUUCAUAAUCAUAAUCACAUUGAAACCUAUACUUCUAUGGUUACCUACGGAGAAUUAUUAAAAAAGCAACUGUACCUUAAAAUAUUAUGGUGAAAAUAUAUUGGGGAGGUGAGGGGGAAAUUUUGUCCUUGCUCAGGACACCAUAUUACCAAAGUCUAUCUCUGAUGCUGUGUCAGGAUAACCAUCUCUACCGCUUGAUUGUAUAUAGACGAAUAAGCCACCUUUCUGGUAUAGUCAUUUUCCAAAAAUCCUCAUAAUUAACACGCAGUUAAUUUAAUAAUUGAAUUAAAACAACAUGGAUUGACAAGGGCACAGCAAGGUGACUGUCCACCAGGAUAAAGAUUCUGUGAAUACCCACAACGCAGGAGCUAAAUCCUAGGGCUAGGAAGUCGAUAGUAAAGCUACUUAGCAGGAGAAUUCAAGGAACCACAGGAAUCUAGACUAAGAGCCCCACAAGUACAUCACAAAUCUAGCAAGCAGGUAAGUCAAUGGGUAACUAAGUUAAAAGAAGCAAAUUAUCAAGACCAGCAGGGGUGUGGGGUUUUUGCAUUGUUUUGCACCCUCUGCCAUUUGUAUGAAUAUCUCCCCAUGUGUAUGUCAGAAAUGCCAUGAGUUUCAGGCUCUCAGGGAACAAGUUCCUUCCCUCGAAGCCAAGGUUGCAGAACUUGAAAGUGUAGGAGGCAGAGUAAGUGGCCAAGGAGACCUUCAGGGAUGUGGUAGCUGGGUGACCUUCCCACAAUGACAGUUCUCCUGCCCUCAGGAAGAAGGGAGGUCCUGAGAAAGGGGAACAUCACUUUGAAGAAGAGGGAGGCAUUCCCUUAGAAAGGACCUGUGUUGCGUUCACCAGGUAAAGGAAGGAUUGAACUCUGAUUAAUAAGAAUACACACAGAGACUUGAACCAGCAAGACUCUGGGAAGGGUGCGUAUAAUUGUGUCUCUCUGUGCUUGUCCGUUGUCUGCAGCCCCUCUGGCCCAGGCCGUUUUAUUCACAAAAGAACUUUUUACAGAGUGUUCAUAAGAACCAAUCAGAUUUCUUCUGAGCAUUUCACAAACCCACGUGGGGAGAAAGUUAAUCUAUAAACACUAGUUAUCCAUGCAUACUUUUGGGGUAAAUAAGUUGAGAACUACAAAGGGGAGCAUCUGGCAACCCCGCUGGUAAUAAACAAGCAAUACACAUGAUAAGGAGGAUGGCCAGGAGGACAGUGAGCAUUAUCACCUUAAUGUGAGAUCUGUUUCCUGGCCCUAAGAUGAACAUCCUACAUCAGAGAAACUUGCCCACUGUCUUGGAUGACCCAGGACGCCUGCCUGUCUAAGUGUGUACGUGAUUUGUGAAGAGCAAGGAGAAAUGGGCAGCAGAGGCAAAAGGGCAUGAAUGUAGAAUCUUAUGGGAUUUAAUCAGAAAUUAUCGUCAAUAUAUCAAACCCAGUCAACACAAUGCUUUCAUCGUGGACACGAUGGCUUGAUGUAUAUUUUAUAAUUGCUCAUGGUAAUCCCACCUGAUCACUACAUCUCUGGAUAUUUGCACUCCUACAACCCGUUUCUUGGAAGUUGGUAUAGGGACCUGUGCUUUUGUAACUUGUUCAUAAGUGAUCAAGUAGUGAGGUGGCCAGGUUUGCUGACACUAAAAAUAGACGGUCAGUAAAAUGGUGAAUGAAUUUAAUGUAAACAAGUGUGAAGUGAUGCAUGUUGGAGCAAAACAUCUCAAUUUCCCAUACACGCUCAUGGGGUGUGAAAUGGAGGUGAUGGAGCAAGAGCGAGACCUUGGAGUCAUCUCAAGGAAGAUGUUGACCCAGUGUGCAGUGGUCGUGAGAAAAGCAGAUUCCAUGCUGGGGGUCACUAGGAAUGGAAUGAAAACAAAACUGCUGGUAACAUAAUGCUUCUCUCUAGCUUCCCACAGGCUUCUGGGAGAAACAGGAUGCCAGACUCAAUGGGUCAUUGGCGUCAUCCAGAAGGCUAUUCUUCUGUUCUCACUUGUGCCACACUCAACGAAAAAAUAUAGUCAGUUUCACCACGGUAAACCGUUCCAGAAUCUGAGUGUCUUGCCCCGUAGGAGGGUGCUGAAUAGCUAGAAGAGGAAGAAGAUUCAUUGAAAUUCUUAUGUUCCUCUAAUUGCUUUUCAAGGGCCAGGUAUUAAUGCACAAUGAUUGACUGGUGGAUUUCCUCCUAGGUACCCAUUGGAUGGCAGAGGUCUUGAGCUUAAUCCAGAGCCAAGGGGACCCCUCAUGGGUUCAGAAUGUAUCACUGAGGGAAAGGGCACCCUGGAUUGAGCUGGAUGAAGAUUUCAAGAUUGCCUUGAAAAAUCCUCCCCCCAGACUCCUGACAACUCAUCUGCCAUUCCAGCUUUUCCCCAAGUCCUUCCUCCACUCCAAGGCCAAGGUAAAAGAGGAACAAUGGACACAUAAAGACUGUCUUUGACUCUUGUCUUUUGGCACACAGAUGUGGGGGAUUUGGGAACACUUGACAGGAGGAUGCCAUUUUCUGUACUAGAGAAUGGGGAGGACUAUUGGGAAUUUCCUUAGCAGUUUCCUGAUUGUGGAAGAACUUUAUGUGUACAUGGUCCACAUUCAUGGUCAGCCCAGGUCCUCACUGGAGGCGUCCCCUGUUCCCAUGUCAGGUUUUAGUUAUCAUGCCUUCAGUUUGCUGCUGCACUCUGCCUAUUGAUAGUGUUGGGCUGCCUGGGCCCUCCUUCAAUAUAGAUCUUCCUCUGUUACAGGUAGUCUAUACUCUGCGUAACCCCAGAGAUGCUAUGGUUUCAAGCUACCACUUCAACAAAGGCAUUAAAGUAUGGAAGGACCCUGGAACUGUGGAAGAGUUCAUGGAGAGAUUCCUGAGAGGGGAAAGUAUGGAAGGAGGCAAAUCAGCCACUCUUGUUUGCUGUGACCCAGCACCAGUGAUGUCCACUGCCAAAAAACAUUUAUUAUUAGCUAACUCUAGAGUUCUAUCCGAAAAUUAUAAUUCCCAAUUGGAUACAUGGAGAAGGGCAGAAAUGUGGCAAAGUCCUACAUUUGUCAUUUGCUUUCAAAGAAAAUCAGUAAAUGUCCUUUCAGAUGGGCGAGAUUGGCACUACAAUGAGAAGAGGGUGAAACUUAAGGAAAGUCCUUAACAGCUGGGUGAGAUUGGCACUAACAAGAGAAUAGAUCAAAAUCGAUGUUAGCAGACAUUCUCACUGAUGGAAGAAAGAAAAAGAAACCAUAAUGGAGAAAGCCCAUUAAAGCGUAAGAUUAUUGACUCAUUCAAAGCUUUACUUCUCUUGUACAUGGAUAAUGUCAGUACACAGAGAAGUCAAUAGGCAUUGGACAUAGGAUAGCGUUGAAGUUUCCUGUUACUGAUUUUGUUUGGUGUUUCCUCUACGUCUACAAUAGCAUUCUCUUCUCCCCCCCCCCCCAAUAACUACUUACAUUUCAUCCUUGCUUCCUCUUUGCUCUUUCAGGAGAUUAUGGUUCCUGGUUUGACCACGUGAAAGGCUGGGUGGAGAUGAAGGAGAGAGCCAACAUCUUCUUCAUCACCUAUGAAGAACUACGGCAGGUAAAGGUCCAGUUUUAACUUUGUUGACCUGCAGCCCCAAUUCUGACAUUAUUCACACAUGAAGGUGCCUUCUUUUUUGAAAGAUUCUACCAAUAUUGGCCAGAAAGGGAUUCUGAGCAUGUGCAAAAUUCGGUGCUACCUCUACAUACACUGCAUAUCACUGCAGAGUACAUUUCCUUUCUUCUACUUUAGAGCAGAUGUGCCAAUAACCUGCUUUUCUGCCUCAAAGGUAAUGUCUCUUGGUAACUCAGGUGCCCCUAGGUGUGGUGCUGGCUGAGGGGAGGUGGAGACAGAGUGGCUUCUGCAAGGUGAUAACAUCAAAUUCCACAUCCUCAAGACAUUCAUUUUGCCCAAGGCACAUUGCAUACUGGUACUCAUGCUCUCUGUGUGCCACCUGAUGAAGGGCAAGCUCUCUAAAUCACAUGAGGAUUCACAGCCAUUUCCUUUUGCUUUCUGCAGGACCUUCGAGGCAGCGUGCAGAAGAUCUGUCAUUUUCUUGGCAAGGAGCUGAACAGCCAACAAAUUGAAUCUGUGGUGGAAAACGCCUCCUUCCACAAGAUGAAGGACAACAAGAUGUCUAACCUUUCCACAGCACCAGAGAACAUUUUUGACCAUACAAAAGCAACGCUCAUGAGGAAAGGUAAUAACAUUGGAGUGCCAAGGAAUAAGGCCACAAUGCUGCAUGCCAGGGGUGAAGAACCUCUUCUUUUUCUGUGGAUGUUUGAAUGUCUCACAGAAAAAGUCUGUCAGCAAACAGUCAAUAGAUCGUAGAGCCAGAGCUGACUGUGAGCACAGUUUGCAGGUCCAGAAGGGGGUACAGUUUGCAGGACUGUAUACCUUCCUCUCUGUGCAACAUUCCAUCUAAGUCUAUGUGCUGGUCCUGGGGGACGUUACCUUGAGGCGUGGUCAGAGUCCAGUCCUGGGUCGAGGGUCUGGAGACUGUCCACCAAGGGCGAAGCGGGGUCCAAAGCAAGAAGCCGGGUGUGGUUGGGAACUCCGGAAAAACAGGUCUGGGUGCUGGCAGAAACAGGUUUCCAACGACGUUGCUCCCGCAACCUGGGACUGAGCUGACUGGCCUUUAUCUCCUCUGGGGCCUAGGGCGGUCCCGGCCCACAGGUGACUCGCCUCUCCUGGCUUUAAGGCGAGCACUCCUCCUGAUAGAACUUAAUUCCCUCCGCCUCUCUGCCCUGAGCCUCUGCAGCUCAGGAGAGGCUGGAGGGUUACUGGACCCAGAGGCCGCCUCACCUUCCCCUGACAGGGCUGGGAGAGGAGCACCUGCAGGCAAUGGGUCCUCAAUCACCCCCGGAGCCAGAGUGGAUUCAUCUGGUGUCUGCUCCUGAGGAUCCAGCACAGGUGAGGGCCCUUCAGAUUCAAGGCUCUGCCCCGGCUCAGCCGGCCCUGGAAGCAGAGACUCCUGUGCAGGCUGGGAUUCCUCCGGUUCAGCCUCUGAAUCCAAUUUCCAGGCCAUCACAGUCUAUCUAUUUCAUGGGUGUCCAGAUCAAAAUAAGAAAUUAUUCUGAAAGAGGCAGUCUGGAGAAAAAGGGCCUUUCUGCACGAUUUUGAGACCAGGAUAAUGCUGUGGACUCCCUGAAUAUAGGCUGCAGAUUCUCCAGGCCAUCAAGACACAGUAGUUGCCUCAGAGUUGUUUAUGCUAGAUUUGGCAGGUUCUGUGUCUUUCACAUUGAUUUGGAAAGCAAGCAGAAAUUCAGAAGAAAGAGCAACAGACACACGGUUCAUGGAGAUCUCUGAGGUGCAAUAAGAAAGCAUGGCUGGACCCAGCUGGUCCAGGUACCCAACAUGCAUGCAUUAGUGCUGCUGGAAAGCCAAAUCAGGAGGGUGGGAAUGGUUGAGGAGGGGCUCGGGGCAAACAGUCAGGGGGCAUGUUCUUUCCCCCCUAACAUCAGCUACCUGAGGGGUUGCCUGCCUCACAGCUGAGCACAAGGAAGAAACGUCCCAAUUUAAGUUUACGUAAUUUCAGGUGAACAUCUUGGUGGUUGCCACUUGCUCUUGUCUUGUUCUAGGGAUCUGCGGGGACUGGAAGAACCACCUGACAGUGGCACAGAGUGAACGAUUUGACCGUGUUUACUGGGAGAACAUGCGUGGUGUGAAUAUGAUCUUCCCUUGGGAAUGAAGAAUCAGAUUGUUGCUCCUGAUGUUCUCCACAUUCUUAUGUAUCAUAUGGCUUGGCUAGUUUCUGCUACCACUGUGCUAAAUAAACAUACCUGAUGAAGAAUGGAACAGUUGUUCUUUCUUUUUUGACCAAAUCACAAAGUGUCUUUAGAGCUUGGAGGUCCUUCUGCAGCAGCUGCAGGAGAAAUGCUGAGACCAAGAUGCCCCUUGAACAUCACCUUCAUAGACUUGACAAAGGCCUUCAACCUCAUCAGCCAAAAAGGACUCUUCACACUGCUCAAGAUAGGAUGCCUACGGAAGCGUCAAAAGAUGAUUGUGUUCUUCCAUGAUAACAUGCCCGGCACCUUCCAAUAUGACGGCACAUCCACAGAUGCCUUCCCUGUUCGUGUACUUUUCUUAAAUGCAUGAACUGCUCUCAUGAAAGUUCCUCUUUGAAUGCUAAAGAGCAGGGUAAAAUGAAUAAAUUUACUCUUAAUGGCCUUGAGGAAAGCUUUUAUAUCAUGUGCAGUCUGAGGUGGUAUCAUCCUCUAACAAGAAUGGACCAUGCCAGAGAUGGCAUGUUUGCCACAUCAUCAGAAGUGGUAAGUCGUAGAGAGGAAGCAGGACCCAUUGCAUUUUCCUGCCAGAUGUAGAAGGCUACAGUUCUUCAUUCCACACUCAGAUGCUGAUGGGAUUUGCUGCUGCAUCUAAAGAGUGAAAGAACAGUGUCCUUCAUUUUACUUGAGGGCAACAGGCUUUUAACGGACAGACAUUGUAGCUCUACAGCUCAGCACUGCUUACUAACAGCUCUUUUUGGAUGCCAAGUGGCUUCCACUUUAAAUAAAUGCUGCAGGACUACAUUGGAGGCAGAACAACAGACACACAGUUCAUGGGCGUACGAGCCUGCCUACUCAGUCAGUGGCCUUUCCCAUGGAGCUCUCUGUGAUGCAAUUGGAAAAGGUGGCUGGAUGAGACACCUAGCUGGGCCAAGUCACCAACACGCAAGCAUUAGUGCUGCUGGAGUGCCAAGUCAGGAGGGGGGCAAGCAGUCAGGGGCAUGUGCUUUUCCCUCUAACGUCAGCCACCUGAGGGAGCUGCCGCAUGCCUGAGAAUGAGGAGGAAAAGUUCUAAUUUGGGCUAAAGUCAUUUCAGUCAUAUUUCUUUGGGGUUAACAUUUGCUCUUGUGUUGUUCCAGGGAUCUCUGGAGACUGGAAGAACCUCCUGACAGUGGCGCAGAGCGAACACUUUGACCAUGCUUAUCGGAAGAACAUGCGUGGUGUGAAUAUGACCUUCCCAUGGGACUGAAGAAUGCCAGAUUGUUGCUCCUGCUGUUCUCCACAUACUUAUGUUUCAGAUGGAUGGGUAUUUUCUUCUGAAUAAGCAGAUACCUGAUCAGGAAUGGUACAGUUGCUGUUAUUUGUUGUUUUUACUAAAUCACAAUGUGACUUUAGAGCUUGGGGUUCUCACUGCGUCAGCUGAGACUGAGACACCCCUUGUAGAUCACCUUCAUAGACCAGAUAAUGGCCUUCAAACUCUUCGCACUGCUCAAGAUAGGAUGUCCACCUAAGCUUCACAAGAUGAUUUUCUACUUCCAUGAAAACAUGCCCAGGUCCAUCCAAUAUGAAGGCUCAUCCUCAGAUGCCUUCCCUGUUUGUGUUCUUUUUUAAAAUGCAUGUACUACUGUUAGAAAAGUUCCUCUUUGAAUGCUAAAGAGCAGGGUAAACUGAAUAAAUUUAUAUAAUGGGUUAGAGACUGGCUAAAUGAAUAUUUAUCUCUUCAUUCCUAUAAAGAUUUAUAUACCACUGUAUCAUAAAACCAAACAGUAAAUCACAAAAGCUAAGAACAAGAUAAAAUAAAUUAAGAACAAACAAAAAUAAAUUAAAAACAAACAGCAAAAAGGCCAUUGUGGGAGACAUACUCUUAAUGGCCUGCACUGGCCUGGCGCAACAGAGAAUUUUCAAGCAGGCAUUUAAAAGGUGGUACAGAAAGUUCCCAUUGAAUCUUUGUUGGUAAGGGGUUUCACAUGGCAAGGCCAAUGACACUGAAAGCUCGGUUUCUUGUUUUCUAAUGAGACACAUCAACUUGGGGGACAACUGAAGAUGCUCCUGCAGAUGAUCUCAAUGAUUGGGCUGGACUAUAAGGGUUCAGAUGAUCCCUGACUUAUCCUGGACCAGGUUGUUCAGGGCUUUGUAAAUCAAUGCAAGAACCUUGAACCUGGCUCAGUAGCAGAUGAGGAGCCAGUGCAGCUGUUUUAACAGUGGGGUCACAUGUUCUCGACCAGAAGCACCCAUUAGCAAUAUGGCUGCAGCAUUCUGCAACAGCUGUUGUUUCUGAACCAGACCCACAGGCAGCCCCACAAGGAACACAUUACAGUAAUCUAGCCACAAGGGUACCAGUGCAUGAACUACAGUGGACAUGCUAUAGACUGGGGCAAAAGCUAUUCUCAGCUGGCAUGCUGCUUGAAGAAAAGUGGGAAGAGCAAAGACCAGAAGAAAAAGAGGAGAAGAGGCAGCCAGUGGUGGAAAGUUCUUCACAAGUUGAAUUGCAGGCUGAUUCAGGCCUAUUCCAGUGACGGGCGGUGGGGGGCAGGGAUCUGUGCUUGGGCUGAGUCAGGUUGUGGCAGCCCAGGAUUUCAGAGUGAUCCAGUCCUGUUACAGGACGUGGCGUUGGGUGGGGAGCCUGAGGGGUCUGCUUUGCUAGGAUGUUCCACGCAGGGAAUCAGUGGUGUAACUAGGGUCCCUUGUGCCCUUGGCAAAGAGCUCCAUCGUGCACCCUUCCCCAAGUUGAAUAAUCCUGCACUGUGAGAAGUACGGUUUCAUGUCACCAGACACAUAUAUGUCACCAGACACAUAUCUGUCAUCCACUCCAUAGUCUGGUACAUGAUUUUUGCUCCACUGGCAGUGGCCUCUUUCACCAACCCCUAAGCCUCUGUUGGGAAAGCUGACAUCAUGGUGUCAUCAUGAGGGGGGUGACAGUUGUGGUGCUGCCCACCUGCGCGCAUGGUGCGGGCGCUGUUGCCCCUGCUCCCGGUUGGAGGAAGCAGGGGCUUUGCUGGCAAAGCUGUGCAGCUCCUCCUCCCUCCCUCCCUCCCAUGGCUCUGUGUACUUGGGAAUCGCGGGGGGGUGGUGGUGUCAUUGCCCCCGCUCCUGACUGGAGGAGCAGGCAGGAGGCAAGCAGGGGAGAGGGUGAUGAGGUGCUUGGCUUUGCCCCCCCCCGGGCUCGGGGUACUUGGGUACCGGCUGCCUUGGAACAGACACAAUGAAAAGCAACCGUCCUAGUAGGCUUCACUCUCCCACUUCUUCCUGACAAAACUACCACCAAGUUCUAGAACAGAACUAAGUCAGUUACAAAGAGGAAUGUGGGAGAAAACUGGAGAGCUUCCUGCACACAGCCGAGAGAAAAACCAGAUCCACAAAUGCGAUAAGAGUAAGAGGAGGCAUGACAAGACUUCACUUCUGUCAGUGCCGGCUCACGAGCGGCAGCAUGGCUUUGCUCUCGGCUGUGUGCAGGAAGCUCUCCAGUUUUCUCACACAUUCUUCUUUGUAACUGUAGUAGGACGGUUGCUUUUCAUUGUCUCUGUUCCAGUUGCUUUAACACAGAGAUUGACUGAAGUUUUCCCCGAGGUGGAGAAAACUCAGGGCACCUUUGAGCCCUGCUUCCCCUUCCUUAGGCUCACUGUAGGCUUGGGAGUGGGCGGGGGGCGGGCAUUGCCCUUCCCCGCCGCCCUAGGAGGAGGCAGGCAGGGGAGACGGGUGUCAUCCCUGUCUCCAGUUGAGCACCCCUCUGCACAGAAGUAAGAUCCUCUGGUUUCAAUAGAGCUCACUCCCAGCAGGGGACUGCAGUUGGCCCACUUUACUAGCCGGUACAGUAAAGGUUUCACAACCAAUUAGAAUAGCUGGCGAUUUGCUUGACCAUAUGGUUUUUGGGUUAUCCAAUCCCCCUCUCCCCCCCGUCUCUGAACUGCACUUCUGUGCUGUUUCCCUUGCCCCCUCCAGCUAAUCUCUGCCCUGCUUGCCUCGUAUCUUUUGUGUUGCUGCAGCUGAUUAUUUAUGGGUGCAACUUUGUCUCCUAUCUGAGGGCAUUAACUUGGAAGGAAGUCUCUUUGCACUUUGUGGCGUAUGCUGCUGAGUUGGAGUGCCUAAGACUAAGGAACACAGGCUGGAAUAUCCUUUAUUUACUUGUAGGAUCGCUGAUCGGCAGAAUGCGUUUGCCUUGCCCACUUUUUCCCUGGGCAGGAAUCCCUGAGCAGCGAGGCCACAUAAGGGUUAAGGGGAGCGAGAGAGCAGGGCUCACUAGAGCAGCCCAGAAAAGGCCCCUCUCUCCUUCCCGUCUCCUCUCCAUGCUUUUCUCGGGAGGCCUCGGGGGCGGUGAGAGUUUUGGGCAAAGGGGAGGCUGUGGUGCGAUGGGGGGGGGUGCAGAGGAGGCUGUUGCAGGGCUGAGAGAUGAAUGGGAGGAUCCCCUGGGUGGGUGGGGGGAAGGGAAGCCAUGGGACCCAAGGCCUCUGAGGUCCCAGACCCCCCAGCCACCCACGACCCCCCCCGGGGGGGAGAGAGCUCUUUGGGGGGCUCAGAAGUGGGCACCCCUUGAGAAGGGGGGGACUCCAAGUGGGGAAAGACUCCAAGUGGGCACCCAUCUCUGUCAGAUGCUUUCCUUGCGACCCCUGCAUUGUGGAGGGUAGACUAGAUGACUCUUGGGCUCCCUUCCAGCUCCGCAGUUCUCUGGUUCUGUGGGGUGGAGCAAAGGAGCCAAGUCCUUGAGGCUGUGAGGGCUUUAGCCUCCAACACGUGUGCACUCGCCCUGGCUGAACAGUUCAUUUAUCCAGUCUGUAUAACGUUUAUUGCACAUGUAACUUGUUAAGAUGCAGUUGUACAUUUAUCCACUCCGUGUUUACACUAUUUCCAGGCUUUGUUUUGCACAUGGCACCUUAGUAUGUUUGUUGCUUGAAUGGUUACAAGUCUAUCUCUAUUCCAGCUAUUAUUCUAGUAAAUUUGGUUUUAUACUUAUAAGCCAGUUUGUGGUGUUGUUGUUUUGUUGCAUUAUUAUUACUGACACCACAUUUGAUACUUUGUGUAUAUACUUUGCACUCGCCCUGGGCCUUGUUUGGUUCUUACAACACUGCUGGGCCAGUCCUGCUAGGUAGUUUCUUAGAAAACCUCCUUUCUCUCCACCAUACUGUCCCUCUCCACUGCGAUAGGAAUUUUAUGGUCUUAGAUAUAUGGUAAUGUUCAUAACCGCACAUACAUAGAUCAGCACAGGAAGACCAACCUGGAACCAUUUUGAUUCCUAAACUGACCAAAUGUUUUCUCUGCAAGGUCAAAGUGGAAAAGCCUCCCCAUUGUCUUUUCCUUCACAAAUCCUAGGUAGUUUCUUAGAAAACCUCCUUUCUCUCCACCAUACUGUCCCUCUCCUACGUGACUGCCUAAGUCGUGCAGAAGCUUCCUGGGCUUUGGGAAGGAGGCGACAGGGGAACAUUUAGGGGGCUAGUCUAGUCCCCCUAGUCCACUGGGCCAGGGCAAGUACCAUUAUGUGGUGGGGAAGCUUACACUUUGAUAACUGGGUGGUGGUCUUUCUGCUUACACCCCCAUGCCCCUUUUAAACUUUAAACCAAGGCAAGCUACUCACUUUAGAAAUCUCUUAAGAAAGGUCCUGGGAAAUACUCUAGGUGGUGAUUUUGAGGUGCCCAGUGACACUGACUGCAGGGGAAAGAUUUUAACUGGAAUAUUUGUUAAGCAGGAAAAUGUUCCUUGAAAUAACACACCACAUUUCUGCAUUUGUUAUGGGGGCCCCUGAUUUUGAAAGUGGAGCAGCUUAAGCAGGGUUGAUUUCCAGCCAGAACUCACCUUCUGGCCCCUCUCAGGUGGGUGCCAUUGCCAUCUAGAAAAAUAGCACUGGGCUUAAGUAUUUAAAGGCACACCUCAUUUCUUGCUUUGAGGGAAAGAUUUGUGACCUCCCUUUUCACAUGUUUCCAGGAAUUGAGGUGUCUUGGGAUACAAAUGUACCACACCUUAUUCUUUUCUUGCUUUAACCACUUGGUGACACUCCCCCAUUUAAGGAGAGAGGCUACCAAAUGGCCAGGCUGUGGGACGCCCCAUCCCUCUUGAGGUGUGUCUGACCCCCAUCAUUGUGUACAUUUUGCUGGUUAGCCAAGGCAUAUCGUUUUGCACAUGUUUUGGGGUGGAAUGUGAGUCCAAUCUUCCACUCCCUCUGCAGAAUUGCCUGCUGGUUUUGCCUGCUGUUUGACACAGUUUAAUGGAUAGUUUGGUGUUGCUACUGUCAUAAGAGAAUCAGGGUCAGAGAGGGGAAUAAAGGAAAAAUGAUCCUAAUGAUAUCAUCCUACCCAACAGCCCCACAACAAUAAUAAACUGUGCCUUGAAGAACGCAUCAUUGGGAAUAUGUCAUCUUACUGUGUCUUUUCACGUAUCAUUGAAUGUAAAAUAAUGUGUGCCUUUUCCAUUUUAAUGCAUCAUCUUAAUGUAACGUGCCUGCUGCUAUUUCUGUCUCACUGAAAUGAGUCUGAAUGCCCUUACUGAAAUGAAUCUUUUCUCUACGAAGUGUACCUCUUUCUCCAUGAAGCUAUCCUUUUAAAAUGUAUUUGUGAAUGUAUCUUUUCUGAAAUGCCUAGUAUGCUGUACUUUUCUAAAUGUAUCCAAAUUGUAGUUUAAAAAAAUGUAACAAUCUAAGUAUUUCAAAAUGUAUAUACUUGACUCGAUAUUGUAUCCAAAAGGCUGCCAAGACUCUCCACCACACUGCCACCUACUGGGUCUACAAACGAUACCAUGAAUACACACAGAUAAGAGCUCAAAAUAAAGUACAGUGGUGCCUCGCAAGACGAAAUUAAUUCGUUCCACGAGUUUUGUCGUCUUGCAAUUUUUUUCGUCUUGCGAAGCACGGUGUCGGGAAAGUUUUGGAAAAGCUUCAAAAAUCACCAAAGUCUUUAAAAACCUCAAAAAAGGCUACCACAUCGCGUUCUAUGAGUUGCUCCUCGAAGUCAAGUCGCAACUGUAUUAGCGGUGUUAAGAAAAAGGAAACAAACUUGCAAGACGUGUCCGUCUUGCGAAGCAGCUCAAAAAACAAAAAACCCUUUCGUCUAGCGAGUUUUUUGUCUUGCGAGGCAUUCGUCUUGCGAGGUACCACUGUAGUUUUAUUUUCAAAAAAGUAUGCAAACAUCAGGCUAUCACACUCGAAUUGAUAGCAAUGCAGAAUAGGAUUUCACAUUAACAUUUAAGCCAUUUCCUGAACAUCUUCCUGAACAUCCAGCCUCACGAUCUGCAUACUGAUUAUCCUGUAGAUAAAGGAAAAGCCAUUUAAGCAGAUCCAAAAAUUAAAUAACACGAAGAUCGACACAUAUCACCUGAGCCUUCAGCAAAUUGACACCUCCCGUAAGUCUUUCAACAUCCUAUUUACCUUAUGUUAAUCCACUCUUCGCACCUCUCAUGUCGCUUCCCGCCACCUCCUCUGCUAUUGAUCUGGAUGAAAAUCAAAAGGUAUAAGAAUCAAGGUAGUCCUUUUGUUUGGGCUCUCUGACUCCUUGUCAUUGCAUGAGCGGGGACCCUGUUACAACAGUUUUUUGUGUGUGUGUUUUCCCCCCCUGUUCUUUUAAUAAAGAUCAGGCUUUGCUUUUUCCAAAUCCUGGUGUGGUCGUCUUUUCCCAGCUGGUACAGAGCCUUCAAUUGUGCUCCUUCCGAGGUCCUGGUCCUCCUUCUGAGGCAGGGACCCCUUGGGGAGGCAAUUAAAUAUUUAUUUCACUACCUUUUUUUUGAAACCUUAAUAAAUAUUAAAUAAAUAAAUAAAUAAAUAAAUAAAUAAAUAAAUAAAUAUUUAUUUAUUUCACUACACACUGGGAUCCCUUGUGCCCUUGGAAAGGAGCUUUAUCGUGCACCCCCCUGAAAAAUUUGCCUUUAUCCUGCAGUGUGAGGACGGUAAGCUUCUUUCACAUAUGAACUGACAGAAACAGUGGCUUCAUGUCACCAGACACAUUCCGUGUAUAACAUGGCCCCAUGUAUAAGACACCCCCUAUUUUGGGGGACUCAAACUUAAGAAAAUGGGGAGAUUGCCCAGAGUUGUGGAGCUUUUCCCUAUCAGCUGUUGCCUCACUGCCAGAAGUCGUAUUGACAGCAAAUCCACACCAGCACUUGUUGCAGCCACCAAUAAUACAGCGGACCACCUUAGCCUAGUUGAAGCAACAUGGACCUCCCCCAUUUUUAAACGUUAGUUUUGAGGACAAAAACUUUGUCUAAUACAUGGAAAAAUACGGUAUAUGUCAUCCACUCCAUAGUCUGCUACAUGAUUUUUGCACCACUAGCAGGGGCCUGUUUCACCAACCCCUAAGCCUCUGUAGGGAAUGCGCUAGGGAAGCAGAUCUGAGCAGAGCUGAGUCUUUGAAAAACAGCUGGUGAGCAGCAGAUUUGGUCUGGAGGGCUGCAAAAUGCUCCUUCACAAGUGCCCUUCCCAGCAAGAUUGAAACUCCUCCCCAUCUAUGAAUUGUGGAGGUGGGGGGGGGGAAGAAAACACAUCCCCUGCGGACUCAGUGUUUAAGUCUUGCUCUGUGAGCCAGGAAGAGAAGGAAGCUCCAGACUCAACUGUAGUGAGCAUGGCCUGUGUCUUUAAGAGGCAUGCUUGGUCUGGAAUAGAAACUCCCCUCUCUGGUUGGGAAUGGUUUCAUCCAAAGUUCAUUGGCACUUUCAUUUUAUCGAUGUAGGAAGUUCAUGCUAUGCUGGGUCGUUGUACUCCAAACAUACCUGCUGAAGUUUCCAACACUUCUUACUUCCUGGUAUUCCUGCAGACUCUUUGCAAGGUUUCCUCUCACAGUAAGUAUCUUUCCCUGACCCACAGGAUGCUCUAGUAGCUGCUGAAUUAUAAAGACUGCUCCUGUUUCCUUCCUGUAUUCAAGCAUUGCUUACGUUCUUUCAGAUCCUCUCAACCUCAUUCUCCUCCCCUUGAAGAACUCUUCCCUCCUCCUGGCUCCCUCUUUCCUUUUCCAGAUUGGAACAUGCAUGGGUUUUAAAUUAACUGCUAUAGUCUAUAAAUGUAGCAGUGGAAGAAAGACAGGACAACAGGUCCACCCACUGGCUCUCCCCCUGCUCCUUUCCUCCCUGCUAUUGGCAGUCCUCCACCUGUUGGCAGCUGUGAGAGAAGGGAGAGAAGUGCCUCUGCUGAGAGACCAGCUUCAUUUCACUUCUCUUCUUCCCAAAUGGAUUCUAUGCAAUCUGGUCAUCAGUGUCAUAUAUUUGAAGUUUUACAAAUGGGUUUUUUCCACCCCCCUUUCCUUUUGGAUUGUCUUUCGAGAUUUUAAGGCUGUGAGUGGGGACUGUUUGCUCUGCCCUUGGUUUACCACUGUUACGUAAAGCUGUUCUGGAAAUGUUUGCAGCUGCUGAGCAAGUGGAAUGUUUUAAAUCAAUACAUGAGUACCAAGGGUUCCAUAUACAGGCAAAAGUUCGUCUCACCUGGCCUCCUAUUGGCAGAAGCAGGGAAGAGGGAAGACUCUUUUGCACUUUAGGUAAACAGUGUGAGAGUAGCCCCAGUGUGUGUACAGAGGGGUUUGUGCCUUGCUUUGGGUAGGUGUGAACAUGGCGUAAACCGAUUUUCCUGUAGUUGAUACAUAGUUGCAGUCAUCUAGAGGAUGUCUUUGGACCUAUUUCCUAAUGGAAGUGAUCUGAGUUAAUGGUAUGAAAACAUGUGCCCAUGAUCAAAUUGAGAUUUGAAAGCCUGCUGCUGUCAAGAUCUGGCUGGCUGAAGUGUGGUGAGAGGCACCAGUUGAAGGCUGAGAGUCAGGAGUUUGGUGGUGGGACACUGAGGAGAGGUCAGAAGGAGAGGAUUGGGAGAAGGAUAAGGAUGCUGAGAAGGUUUACUGAGCAGGGAAAAGUGAUGACAGCGAGCAGUUCAGACUGAAGCAGAUAAGGGGGGGGUCAAGGAGCUGCUGAAGAAUCACAGGAAUGGCCCUCUCUGACUGCAAGAAGCUCCUCCUGGAGCCUUAGAAAGUGCGGAAGGAGCCUUAGAAAGUGUGGAAGAAAGCGACAUUCAGUCCCGACAACAGCUCCAUAGGAGAAAGACUGACCAGGAAGUAUUGCUAAGUUUUAUGCCAUUUCCUUGAAUAAAGGACUGAUUUCACUGACAACGGACUCUUCCUCUUUGCGCUGACCAGUAUCUGACCCAGCCUUGAUAGAUAUGGCAUGUACUCAGAAGUGAGUUCCUUGGAUUUCCCACCACCACACCAGGUGGGACCACUCAACCAUCUAUUGAUGGCCCAUCACCAACUCCUGAACUCUCCCCUUCCUCCUGCUCCCCAGCUAUCCACAGAGCUUGGCUCUAGAACAGUAGCUACCUGAAUGUCCCUAAGGAUGUGACAUAAUCUCUCUCCCUCUCUCUCUCAUCUUCAGUUUUUCAGAGUCAUCAAUGGCUUGUUUCAAAUACAAGGGAAUCAUUUUUGCUCAACAGUUUAACUCAGUGGAAAAACUCAGCUAUUUGGAAAAUGACUUUCAACUGUUAGAUGAUGAUAUAGUGAACAUGACUUACCCCAAGUCAGGUCAGUGUUGCAAUUAAGUAAAUAGACUUUGGAUUUAAACUUAAAGUAUCCAGUAAACCUGCCAGGUAUAAGUUUGCUUUUGACAUAAGUCAUGAACAACCACCAAGUAGCUGCAUAGUCCUAAACUUUGGCUUAAUCCCUGGAAACCCAUGAAAAAUGAAUGAGUUUAGUUUUUCGGAUGUUGCGAUAUAUAAGACCUUCUUCAACCAGGUAUCAAGGGGAAAAGUCAAGUUAGUUCUCCAUCAAUGGGUAACGAUUAGUCAAGGAGCAAUAAACAAAUAAAUUAUAAGAAAUUUACAAAUAAGGAAGGUGGACAGCAAACAAGUUGAAUAUCUGAAUAGACCUGUCCACCACAUGUGAAAGUUACAUGUUUUUCACUUUUUGAAGUGAAACACAGACAUUCUCUGAAUUUAGCAAUGCACUUCUUUAGCUAAGUAAUGUGUACAAAAAUGCAUAUACUAGAAUAGUGUGCAUAAAAUACGGUACAUACUUUAGGGGGGGUGAAUAAAAAUUUAUUAUAGUAAGGGAAAAUGCUUUGUAGAAAUGUGCAAGAAAAUUCACAAACUGACAUGGAAAUAUGGAGAAUUAAAUGUAAGAUUGCAAAAGGAGAAAUCAAAAUAAACGUAUUACACCAUCCCUAGCCACUGUUGAUGUUCACAGAAAGAAGUGAAAGAACACUUGAAAUUCAUGGGGAUGUCCGGAAACCUUGCAAAAAAAUAACAGAGAUUUUCAAAUCUUUCUUUCUUUCUGUUAUGGCAUGCUUCUGUCAUGUCACUAGGAACGCUUUUGGUGCUGGAUAUGGGCGAUGUGGGUGAUUUCCUUGCAUGGGGUGCCAAGCCGAGGGUGUGCAUAAUCACAAUCAGAAUCAUAAUGAAACCUAUAUUUAUUUGGUUACCUACUGAGAAGAUUUAUUAAAAAAGCAACUGUACCUAAAUGUAUUAUUGUGAAAAUGUUUUUUUUUGGGUGGAGGGGAAUUUUUUGUCCUUGCUCAGGACACCAUAUUACCAAAGUCUAUCUCUGAUGCUGUGUCAGGAUAACCAUAUCUAAAUGUUGGUUGUAUAUAGACAAAUAUGCCAUCUGUCUGUUAUAGUCCUCAUAAUUAACACCCACCUAACUUAAUGAUUGAAUUAAAGCAACUUGGAUUGACAAGGGCACAGUAAGGUCACAUUUCACCAGGAUAAAAAUCCUGUGAAAACCCACAACACAGGAGCUAAAUCCUAGGGCUAGGAAGUCUAUAGAAAAGCUACCUAGGCAGGACAAUUCAGGGAACCACAGUAAACUAGACUAAGAACCGCACAAGAAAACAGAAAUCUAGCAAGCAGGAAAGUCAAUGGGUAACUAAAUUAAAAGAAGCAAAUUAUCAAAACCAGCAGGGGUGUGGGGGUUUUGCAUUGUUUUGCACCCUCUGCCAAUUGUAUGACUAUCUCCCCAUGGCACAGAAGUCAUGUGUAUGUCAGAGGUGCCAUGAGAUUCUGGUUCGCUGGGAACAAGUUCCUUCCCUUGAGGCCAAGGUGGCAGAACUAGAAAGAGUAGGAGGCAGAGAAAGUGGUGGAUGAGGCCUUCAGGGAUGUGGUAGCUGGGUGACCUUCCCACAAUGACAGAUCUCCUGCCGUCAGGAAGAAGGUAGGUCCUGAGAAAGGAGAACAUCACUUUGAAGAAGAGGGAGGCAUUCCCUUAGAAAGGACCCAUUUCUUGGGAGUUGGUAUUGGGACCUGUGCUUUUUAAUUUGUUCAUAAAUGAUCAAGUAGUGAGGUGGCCAGGUUUGCUGACACUAAAAAUACAUGGUCAGCAAAAUGGCAAAGGCAAGUCAAUGUAAACAAGUGUAAAGUGAUGCAUGAUGGAGCACAUAAGAGGAGGAGACAGAUUCAUGGAGCAGGGUAUUAGUGGCUACUAGCCAUGAUGGCUGUGCUCUGCCUCCACAGUUGAGGCAGUAAUGCUACCAAAUACUACUGUCUGGUAACCACAGGAGGGGAGAAUGCUCUUGAGCUCAUGUUCUGCUCUCUGGUUUCCCACAGGCUUUUGGGAGAAACAGGGAGCUGGACAGGAUAGGCCAUUGGCCUGAUCAAGCAGAUUUGAGUCUGUUGUCAUCUGCGCAACAACCAGCUAAAUAAUAUGUUGGGUGUAGUGAAGGGUUAACCUUCUGUGUCUCGAGGCUGAGAGGAGGCGCUUACAAGGGAAGUAAGCCAGGACGUGACGAAAGCAGCUUGGAAUGCUGUGAGCUGAGUGGAAAGUGAAAGCAGUUUUGCUACGCAGCUGCUGAGAGAGACAGGUCGCAAAAUGCAACUUCAAUCAGAUGGUGUCUAAGAACUGUAAAUAAGCUAUUUUUGAGCAAAUAAAGUGCUAUUAGGAAAGAAGAAACGUGUGGGACCUGUUUACUGACUGCCCUUUCUACACGGACGCUGUGCAAUUCUGCUAAUUGCUUUACGACCUGCAGAGGUGCAGGGGAGCGUGCCGGACCAAGAGUAAAGCAAUAAAUCUUAUCCUAACAUGGUUAUGGGUCAACGUGAAGCGUGAGAGAAAGGGCUUUGAAGCUUUAUCUGCUGAACGUCAGCUUGAUCGACUGCCGGAGACUUCAAAGAGGCAGAUCGGAGGAGGCUGACGGAGGGCUGGCAGCCAAGAGCCAUGACGUCCGGAGUUCCCAGUUUGGCUGAGUGAGUACCUUUGGGAAAAGCCAACAGAAGGGAGGCAAUGGCUCAGCCCUGUGAGCAUGGCUUUGAGUUUAAGCUGCCAUGUCAGAGACUGACUAGCCAAAAUUGGCUGCAGUGGAGCUUUCAAGUGGAGCUUUUGCUGGUGGGGGAGCAGCUGUGGAAUGUAAUUCACCCCACACAGAAUGCAGCUGGGAAAGCAGAGGCUGAUAGGGCUGCAGAGCAAAGUGAAGUGGAGAAGCGUGUGCUUGCUUUUUUGGCAGAAAGUGUGGAUGCUCAUCUGGUGCCUGUUGUCCUGGGUGCAAGAAGGCCAGAGGCCGCUUGGCUAGCACUCCAAGAAGCUUGUGGAGCUGGAGUGGGAAGCAAGGGCCGAGAAGGGGCUGCAUCCGAAAGGGAGAGGCAAGAUGGCGCCGGCCACAUUCUUGAGUGCCGAUACACAGCUGGGAGGUGCUGUGAGCCCCCACAGGGGGGCGAAGGGACUGUUGCUGUUGGUGCUAGCACUGCUGCUUGUGUUUUUGCUGAGCCUGGGAGCUGUGUGGAUGCUGCAACGUGUCUGUGUGAGAAAUCUGGACAGAGGCCAAGUGUUGGGAGCCCUUUACCCUUCAGAGGGGGUGCAGAAAAACGUCCUGGAGACCCCAUGAGCAGUGGGGGGGCAGUGAGCAGUGAAAGCUCAGAGACGCCUCUUUCUCCAAAAGCUGCCAAGAGUUGUUUACGUCGUGAGUCGGAGCCUGGGAAGCUGAAAAGUGCUAGAGGCUUCAAGGUCAGCCACCUGCAUCAAGUAGAGAUAAGCGCUUCAGAGUUGUGUGGGAACGCCGAGACAAGUCCAGUCUCCAUGGCAACUGAGAGAGUUGCAUCUACGGAAGCUGUCAAGGUCGUGGGCAAGUCUUCCUGCCGGGGGGAGUCUGUUGCCGUGACAACCAGAAAGGACAUCUGCAGAAGCCCCAAGGAGGGGGGUAGUGAGGAGAUUGUUGCCCUGGCGACCCAGGAAUGUAAACAACAAGACUUUCUCACUGUAAUCAUAGACUCUGGUGCCUCAAACUCGUUGGUGCCAUCUCCUGAUCUUUUGAGGAAUUGCAGGACAGUAAAAACUGAGAAGUUUGUUAAGUUUGCAGAUGGAAGCAGAAAAAGGCUGACAGAGACAGGACUGUUCUUCUGUCCUUUUCUUAAGCAUGAAGUCAAAGCUUAUGCAGUGCCCGGUUUAACUAACUGUUUGUUAAGUGUGCAUGAUCUAUUGAUUGAUAAUUUUCAAAUUUCUUUUGCAGGUGACAAAUGUGAAUUUUCCAAGGAUGGGAAACACGUGUACACAGUGCAGUCUAAAGAUAAUUUGUUUGCUGUAAAUGUGCCUUUUUCCACAGGAGAAGAUGACACCGAAGAUGCAAAGGGCCAAUGUGUGAAUGUAGCGCCCCACAAUGGUUGUGCACAUAUUUGGCACAGACGCUUCGCUCAUUUAAAUUGGAGAUUUCUCCAGAAAGCACCAGAGCUGACACAAGGGUGCAAAUUUAAUGUUUGUGACAAAUUUCUAGAUUGCAAUGCAUGUAAACAGGCGAAAGUUGUGACAUGCUCAUAUCCAAAGUCAGAGAGGCAGACCACAGAACCCUUUGAAUUAAUUCAUGCAGAUUUGUGUGGGCCCAUGUCUGUUGAGUCACUGGGAGGUUCGAAGUAUUCUCUGCUUUUGAUUGAUGAUUUUUCAAGGUCUGCUUGGACCUUCUCUCUGAAAACGAAAGGGGAGGCGGCUAAAAUGAUCAGGGAUUGGAUCACCGCAGUUGAGGUAACCUUUUCCACCAAAGUUCGUGGUUUUCAAAGUGACAGAGGUGCUGAAUUCACUGGUUCUGCUUUACAGGAUUUCUUUAGGGAGAAGGGGAUUAGCCACAGACUGACCGCUCCUUACUCUCCGCAACAGAAUGGGGUCGCAGAGAGAAAGAACAGGACGGUGCAGGAAGCUGUGUCUGCGAUCCUGUGGGACGCAGGGCUACCCCAGAAGUUUUGGUCGGAGGCCUGGAGAUAUGUGGUCCAUACCGAGAACAGAGUGUACAACUCUAGUGUAGGAAAUACACCGUAUUUCUUACUUCAUGGAAGGCAGCCCAAGGUACACUACCUUCGUGUGUUUGGUUGUGAGGCUUGGGUGCUUAUUCCAAAGGCUCUACGCAAGAAAGGUGAGCCAAGAUCUAAAAGGAUGAUCUUUGUAGGGUAUGAGCCUGGCUCAAAGGCCUGGAGGUUUGCAUACCCAAGUGGAGACCAGUCUAGGUUGGUUAUCAGCAAUAGCGCUGAGUUCUGUGAGCAAGCUGGUUGGAAACGUCUGCACGCUAAUCCAGACGUGCUUCCACAGCAGUUCUAUGACUCAGACGAGGAAGAGGAGGAGGAACUUGUUGCUGGGGACCACGGUCCAGAGGGACAGAGUCCAAGGCAGGGACAGCUCAGGAUCCCUCAGAGGGGGGAACCUAGAACACCUCCUCAGGCGAGUGUCAAGUUUGAGCCAAAGAGUGAGCCUUCUUCACCUGCUGAACCAGCUGUAAGGCCCAAGAGGCGCAGCAGGUCAGAGGGGGAAGACACAGAGGAUGAUUUAGCUGGACCCAGUGAAGCGGCAGGGUCACCAGGAGUCACACUGAGGAGAUCAGCGAGGACAAGGAGGCCUCCUGAUCGGUACGACGCUUCAGGCGUCUGGGUAGGUUCUGCAAGUUGUGAACCUGAAUCCUUCGAGGAUAGUCAGAGUUUCCCUGAGGAAGAAGCAGGCAAAUGGCACAGGGCAAUGGACAAAGAGAUGAAGUCCAUGAAAGAGCUAGGUGUGUUCUCACUCACAGAGUUGCCACCGGGGAAGCAGGCUGUGAGUUCCAGAUGGGUUUAUCGUUUGAAACCCACUGACGCUGGAGAGCCGCAGUAUAAAGCCAGGUUAGUUGCUCGAGGAUUUACUCAGAGGAAGGGAAUACACUUCACGGAGGUGUAUUCGCCAACGUCACGAGCGGAGACUCUGAGAACGCUUUUAGCUUGUGCAGCACAGAGAGGCUGGAAGGUAAACCACUUUGAUGUGGAUGUUGCCUACCUUAACUCAGAUCUCCAGGAGGAGCUGUACAUGAUUCCUCCUCCGGGGUUUGGGAAGUCAAGGCAGGAUGUUGUGUGGAGAUUGCACAAAUCCAUCUAUGGAUUACGUCAAUCUGCUAGAAACUGGAACAUGUGCCUGAAUGAAGCUUUGGAGAAGCUAGGUUUCAGGAAGAGUCUUGCUGACAGUUGCCUGUUCCUUAGAGGAUCAGGAGAUUCACAGGAGCUGGUGAUGAUUUGGGUUGAUGACGUGCUUUUCGUCUCAGAAACAGAUGAACAGGCGGAGAAGUUUGCCAAAGAGCUAGGUAAACGUUUCAAGCUUAAACAGCUUGGUGCUGUCAAAACCUAUCUAGGUGUCAAUGUUGAGCGUGCACAGGAUGGAAGUUUUUGCUCAGCCAGAGAGGUAAAAUUGAGCAAUUGCUUCAGAAAAUGAGGAUGAGUGAUUGUGCAGGAGUGAGAAGUCCUAUGGAGACUAGUUUUGUGAAGGACAGCCAGCAAGCAGAACGCGCUGCGUUCGAAAAUACUGAAGUGUUUCAGUCAGCUCUAGGGAGUUUGUUGUACUGGUCCCAGUGGAGCAGACCUGAUAUAGCGUUUGCUGUCAAUCUGCUCAGCAGGGAGGCAUCAAACCCUAGUGUGCAAGCCUGGAAUGGCAUCAAGAGAGUUCUGAGGUAUUUGCAGGAGACCAAAGACUUUUGUCUUAGGUUGCCAGCACAAGGAGAAGUCAAACUGACUUGCUUUGUGGACUCGGAUUGGGCUAAUCUUGAGGAUCGCAAGUCUGUGUCUGGCCUAGUGGUGAAGUUUGGGAACUCAGUAGUUGGAUGGAGGUCCAAGAAGCAAAGUCUUAUAGCGCUCUCAUCCACUGAGGCUGAGUUUAGUGCUCUUUCAGAGGUGUGCAGAGAAGUAGAGUUCUAUGCUUGCUUGGUGCAGGAACUCUGCGAAGUGGAUUGUCUGCCGAUACGUGUUUUCGAGGACAAUCAACCAUGCCUGCGUUUGGCAGAGUCAGGUCAGUUCAAGGCCAGAACGAAACACCUAGACAUUCGCUUUCGGAAUGUGUGCCAAAGUGUUCAGGAGGGAUUAGUUGCGCUGAAGUAUUGUCCCUCUGCCAAGAACCUAGCUGAUGGGUUCACGAAGCCACUCACCUUCCAAAGACAUGGGGAGUUUUGUGAAGGUCUGGGUUUGGGACGACCAAGGGUCGAUUCUCCCCUCAGACGCGAGACAAGAGGGGGUGUUGGGUGUAGUGAAGGGUUAACCUUCUGUGUCUCGAGGCUGAGAGGAGGCGCUUACAAGGGAAGUAAGCCAGGACGUGACGAAAGCAGCUUGGAAUGCUGUGAGCUGAGUGGAAAGUGAAAGCAGUUUUGCUACGCAGCUGCUGAGAGAGACAGGUCGCAAAAUGCAACUUCAAUCAGAUGGUGUCUAAGAACUGUAAAUAAGCUAUUUUUGAGCAAAUAAAGUGCUAUUAGGAAAGAAGAAACGUGUGGGACCUGUUUACUGACUGCCCUUUCUACACGGACGCUGUGCAAUUCUGCUAAUUGCUUUACGACCUGCAGAGGUGCAGGGGAGCGUGCCGGACCAAGAGUAAAGCAAUAAAUCUUAUCCUAACAUAAUAUAGUCAACUUCACAACAGUAUACCAUCCCUGAUGUGGGGAAUCUUGCCGCAUAGGAGGAUGCUGAAUAGCUAGCAGGGGACAAAGAUCCAUUCGAUUGUUUAAGUUUCUCCACUUGAUUUAGCAAGGGCAAGACAUUAAUGUACAAGUGGUUUUAUAGAAGAAGCCUCUGACUGGUGGACUUUCUCCUAGGUACUCAUUGGAUGUCAGAGAUCUUGAGCUUAAUCCGGAGUCAAGGGGACCCCACAUGGGUUCAGAAUGUACCACUGACGGAAAGGGCACCCUGCAUUGAGUAUGCCGAUCAUUUGCAGAUUGCCUUGAAAAAUCCUUCCCCCAGGAUCCUGACUACUCACCUGCCAUUCCAGCUUUUCCCCAAGUCCUUCCUUCACUCCAAGGCCAAGGUGAGAGAGGAACGACAGACACAUCAAGCCUGUCUUUGGCUUCUGUGUUUCUGACACACAGAUGUGUGGGAUAUUGGAGCACAAACACUUGGCACAGCUCAUUUUUAGGAGGAUACCAUAUUUUGUACUAGAGGAUAGGGAGGAAUAUCAGAAAUCUCCUUAGCAGUUUCAUGAUUGCUCGAGAAAUUGAACUGGCCAUGGUCCACAUGCAUGCUCAGCCCAGGUCCUCACUGCAGGCUUCUCCUGUUUCCAAGUCAGGCUUUAUUUAUUGUGCUUUCAGUUUGCUGCCACACUCUGCCUAAUGUUAGGGUAGGGCUGCCUGGGCUCUCCCUAAAUGUGGCCCUGCCUUUGUAACAGGUAGUUUAUACUUUGCGUGACCCCAGAGAUGCCAUGGUUUCAGUCUACCACUUCAUCAAAGGCUUUAAAGAAUUGAAGGACCUUGGAACUAUGGAAGAGUUUAUGGAGAGUUUCCUGAGUGGGGAAGGUAUGGAAGGAGGCAAAUCAGCCACUCUUGUUUGCUGUGACCCAGCACCAGUGAUGUCUACCACCAGAAAGUAUUUAUUUUUACGUAACUCUAAAGUCCUAUCAGAGAACUAUAAUUCCCAGUUGGAUACAUGGAGAAGGGGAGAAAUGGGGGGGGGUGUCCUACAUUUGUUAUUUGCUUUCAAAGAAAAUCAAUAAACAUCCUUUCAGAUGGGCGAGAAUGGCACUAAAAUGAGAAGAGGGUGAAACUUAAGGAAAGUCCUCAACAGCUGGGUGAGAUUGGCACCAACAAGAGAAUAGAUCAAAAUCGAUGAUAGCAGACAUUCUCACUGGUGGCAGAAAGAAAAAGAAAACUUAAUGGAGAAAGCCCAUUAAAGCGUAAGAUUAUCUACUCAUUCAAAGCUUUGCUUCUCUUGUAUGUGGAAAAUGUCAGUACUUAGAGCAGUCAGUAGGUUGCAUUGGACCCAGGGUAGCGUUGAAGUCUCGUGUUACUGAUUUUGUUUUUAAGGGAAAAUGCAGUUAUUUUCUAGGUUCCUGAAUGGUGUUUAUGUCUACAACAGCAUUCUCUACUUCCCCACAAUAACUCCUUACAUUUCACCCUUGCUUCCCCUUUGCUCUUCCAGUGGCUUAUGGUUCUUGGUUUGACCAUGUGAAAGGCUGGGUGGAGAUGAAGGAGAGAGCCAACAUCUUCUUCAACACCUAUGAAGAACUACGGCAGGUAAAGGUCCAAUUUUAACUGUGUUGACCUGCAGCCCCAAUUCUGACAUUAUUCACACAUGAAGGUGCCUUCUUUUUUGAAAGAUUCUACCAAUAUUGGCCGGAAAGGGAUUCUGAGCAUGUGCAAAAUUUGUUGCUACCUCUACAUACACUGCAUAUCAUGUGCAGAGUACAUUUCCUUUCUUCUACUUUAGAGCAGAUGUGACAAUAACCUGCUUUUCUGCCUCAAAUGUAAUGUCUCUUGCUGACUCAGGUGCCCCCUGCGUUUGGUACUGGCUAAGGGGAGGUGGAGUCAAGGUGGCUUCUGCACGGUGAUAACAGGAAAUUCCACAUCCUGAAGAGAUUCAUUUUGCCCAAUGCACAUUGCAUACUGGUACUCAUGCACUCUGUGUGCCUCCUGAUGAAGGGCAAGCUCUCUAAAUCACAUGAGGAUUCACAGCCACUUCCUUUUGCUUUCUGCAGGACCUUCGAGGCAGCGUGCAGAAGAUCUGUCAUUUUCUUGGCAAGGAGCUGAACAGCCAACAAAUUGAGUCUGUGGUGGAAAACGCCUCUUUCCAGAAGAUGAAGGACAACAAGAUGUCUAAUCUCUCCACAAUACCAGAGAACCUUUUUGACCAUACAAAAGCAACGCUCAUGAGGAAAGGUAAUAACAUUGGAGUGCCAAGGAAUAAGGCCACAAUGUUGCAUGCCAGGGGUGAAGAACCUCUUCUUUUUCUGUGGAUGUUUGAAUGUCUCACAGAAAAAGUCUAUCAGCAACCAGUCAAUAGAGCAUAGAGUCAGAGCUGACUGUGAGCACAGUUUGCAGGUCCAGAAGGGGGUACAGUUUGCAGGAUUGUAUACCUUCUUCUCUGUGCAACAUCCCAUCUACGUCUAUCUAUUUCAUGGGUGUCCAGAUCUAAAUAAGAAAUUAUUCUGAAAGAGGCAGUCUGGAGAACAAGGGUGUUUCUGCACAAUUUUGAGACCUGGAUAAUGCUGGGGACUCCCUGAAAAUAGAUUGCAGAUUCUCCGGGCCAUCAAGACACAGUAGUUGCCUCAGAGUUGUUUAUGCUAGAUUUGGCAGAUUCUGUGCCUUUCACAUUGAUUUGGAAAGCAAGCAAAAAUUCAGCAGGCAGAGCAACAGACACACAGUUCAUGGAGAUCUCUGUGGUGCAAUAAGAAAGCAUGGCUAGAUGAGACACCCAGCUGGUCCAGGUACCCAACAUGCAUGGAUUAGUGCUGCUGGAAAGCCAAAUCAGGGGGGUGGGAAUGGUUGGGGAGGGGCUCAGGGCAAGCAGUCAGGGGGCAUGUUCUUUUCCCCCUAACAUCAGCUACCUGAGGGGUUGCCUGCCUCACAGCUGAGCACCAGGAAGAAACAUCCCAAUUUAAGUUUACGUAAUUUCAGGUGAACAUCUUUGUGGUUGCCACUUGCUCUUGUCUUGUUCUAGGGAUCUGCGGGGACUGGAAGAACCUCCUGACAGUGGCACAGAGUGAACGCUUUGACCAUGUUUACUGGGAGAACAUGUGUGGUGUGAAUAUGACCUUCCCUUGGGAAUGAAGAAUCCCAGAUUGUUGCUCCUGAUGUUCUCCACAUUCUUAUGUAUCUUUUUUUUUUUUAAAAUAUUUAUUCAAAUUUUAAGAUUACAAAAAAAGAAAAAAUAAAACAAGAAAAACCAAUCACAUACAUCUUACAAAAGAAACACACCAUACAAGAAAAAAAAUACACAAGACAAAAAAUCACAAUAAAAAAUAGCAAAAGAAAAAUUCAAAUUAAACAAACCGUCUUCCCAUUUACUUAUUUCCGUGACUUCCUCCCACUUCUCUGCUUUGUAUUCUAAUUCAGAUUAUAUCUCCAGCAAAUCCUUCUAGCCUUCUUUUCAUUUGCUUAUUUUAACAUUUUAACAUUCAACAAUAUUUAAUUCUCCUCUAUCUUUUAAUAUACACUUCAUAUUUACUUAAUUCCAUUAUACUCUAUCUGCCAAUACGGUCUAAUAUUUCUUCUCCAACCUUUCCUAACAUUCUUUUAUGUUACAGUGAUUCUGAAGAUAUGUUUUAAACUUUUUCCAAUCUUCCUCCAUCGACCCUUCAUCUUGGUCUCGAAUUCUUCCGGUCAUCUCAGCCAGUUCCAUAUAGUCUAUCACUUUUCUUUGCCAUUCUUCUCGGGUAGGCAAUUCUUGUGUUUUCCAAUAUUUCCCAAUAAGUAUUCUUGCUGCUGCUGUCGCAUACAUGAAAAAAGUUCUAUCUUCCCUUCGCACCAAUUGGCCAACCAUGCCCAAGAGGAAGGCCUCUGGUUUCUUUAAAAAAGUAUAUUUCAAUACCUUUUUUAAUUCAUUAUAUAUCAUUUCCCAGAAUGCCUUGAUCUUUUUUUUUUUUUAAUAAGAAUAUUUAUUCAAAUUUUAAAAAAGAGAAAAAAAAAUACAGCAAAAAGAACCAAUCACAUACUUCUUACAUUAAAAAAAAAAAAAACACACCAUACAAAAAGAAUACACAAGACAAAAAGUCACAAUAAAAAAAGAAAAAAUAACAAACAAACAAACAAAAAAAAAAGGAAAAUUCAAAUUAAACAAACCAUAUUCCCAUUUACUUAUUUCCGUGGCUUCCUCGCACUUCUCUGCUUUGUAUUCUAAUUCAAAUUGCAUCUCCAGCAAAUCGUUCUAACCUUCUUUUCAUUUUCUUAUUUUAACAUUUUAACAUUCCAAAAUAUUUAAUUCUCCUCUAUCUUUUAAUUUACACUUCAUAUUUACUUAAUUCCAUUAUACUCUGUCUGCCAAUACGGUCUAAUAUUUCUUCUCCAACCUUUCCUAACAUUCUUUUAUAUUACAGUAGAAUGCCUUGAUCUUUGGGCACGUCCACCAAAGGUGAAAGAAAGUACCUUCGUUUUCUUUACAUUUCCAACAUUUAUUAUCAGGCAAAUGAUAAAUUUUUGCUAGCUUGACUGGGGUUAAGUACCACCUGUAAAUCAUUUUCAUUAUGUUUUCUCUUAAAGCAUUGCAAGCCGUAAAUUUCAUACCUGUGGUCCAUAACCGUUCCCAGUCAGCAAACAUAAUGUUAUGCCCAACAUCUUGCGCCCAUUUAAUCAUAACAGAUUUAACCAUUUCAUCCUGUGUAUUCCAUUUCAACAGCAGAUUAUACAUUCUUGACAAAUUUUUAGUUUUAGGUUCUAGCAAUUCCGUUUCCAGUUUAGAUUUUUCCUCCUGGAAACCAAUCUUUUUGUCUAAGUUAAAAACCUCCCUUAUUUGAUAAUAAUGCAACCAAUCUCGAACUUUGGUUUUUAAUUUGUCAAAACUCUGCAAUUUUAAUUUAUCUCCAACUUGUUCUAAAAUUUCACAAUAUUUUGGCCAGUUUAUCUCCAUAUUAGUUUUUUUCAAUGCCUUUGCCUCCAUUGGUGACAGCCACUUUGGUGUUUUACUUUCCAAUAAAUCCUUGUAUCUCACCCAAACAUUAAACAAUGCUUUCCUGACAAUAUGGUUCUUAAAGGCCUUAUGCGCUUUAACUUUAUCAUACCAUAAAUAUGUAUGCCAUCCAAAAACGUUAUCAAAACCUUCUAAAUCCAAAAUGUCCACAUUUUCAAGAAGUAGCCAGUCUUUCAGCCAGCAAAAAGCGGCUGAUUCAUAAUAAAGUUUAAGAUCUGGCAGGGCAAAUCCCCCUCUUUCCUUUGCAUCUGUUAAUAUCUUAAAUUUUAUUCUAGGUUUUUUGCCCUGCCAGAUAAAUUUGGAAAUGUCUCUUUGCCACCUCUUGAAACAGUCCAUUUUGUCCACAAUUUGUAAUGUUUGAAACAAGAACAACAUUCUAGGCAGUACAUUCAUCUUUAUCGCAGCAAUUCGGCCAAGCAAUGAUAACUUCAAUUUUGACCAUAUUUCUAGAUCCUUCUUCACCUCUGACCAACAUUUUUCAUAAUUAUCUUUAAACAAAUUCACAUUUUUAGCAGUCAUGUUCACCCCUAAAUAUUUCACUUUGUUAACAAUUGUUAAUCCUGUCUCUUUCUGGAACCUCUCCUUCUCUAUCUCUGUAAGAUUUUUCUCUAAUACCUUGGUUUUCAUCUUAUUUAGUUUAAAACCAGCUACUUGACCAAAUUCUUGUAUUAAUUGUAGCACCCUUUUUGUGCUAGCUUCUGGCUCCUGUACUGUCAAAACUAAAUCAUCAGCAAAAGCUUUCAAUUUAUACUGUUUAGCUCCGAGUUGUAUACCUUUAACCAAUUGGUCUUUUCUAAUCAUAUUGAGCAAAACCUCAAGGACCGAUAUAAAAAGCAAUGGGGAGAUUGGGCAGCCCUGUCUUGUUCCUUUCUCUAUCUUAAAUUCUUCAGUAAUUACAUUGUUCACAAUAAGCUUAGCUUUUUGUUCCGAAUAAAUUGCACUUAUACCAUUUUCGAAACUUUGGCCUACCCCCAUCCCCUGCAAAUUUUUCUUCAUAAAACUCCAAGAAAUAUUAUCAAACGCUUUCUCUGCAUCCACAAAUAUUAAAACAGCUUUAGUAUUAAUAUUAACUUGCAAUUUUUCCAAAAUGUUAAUAAUGUUCCUAGUGUUGUCUGACAAAUGUCUUCCAGGCAGAAAGCCCGCCUGGUCUUUAUGAAUCUCUUUUACCAAUACAUUUUUAAUCUCUUAGCCAUAAUUUCAGCAAAAUUUUUGUAAUCCACAUUUAACAGGGAUAUGGGACGGUAGUUCUUCAACUGUGUCUUCUCCCCUUCGGUUUUUGGUAUAAGUGUGAUGUACGCUUCUUUCCACGACUCGGGUGCUUUUCCUCCCGUAGUAUUUCAUUACAAAGUUCUUUCAACGGUUGCAAUAACCAUUCUUUCAAAGUUUUGUAGUACUUUGCAGUUAGUCCAUCCGGCCCUGGGGAUUUGCCCAGUUUCAUAUUCAGAAUGGCUCCUUCCACUUCUUGAUCAGAUAUAGUCGAAUUUAAUAUUGAUUUACUGUCUUGAGAUAUUUUUUGUAAUCCAUUAUUUUCCAAAAAUCGGUCAAUGUCUAAAUCUUUCUGAGUCUCCUGCGUGUAUAGCUGUUUGAAAUAGUUCUGAAAGCACUUCCGAAUCUCUCCAGGAUUCUGUAUAUUCUUUCCUUCUACAACCAAGUUCGUGAUUGUAUUCAGCUUUUGUCUUUUCUUCAUUUGCCAGGCCAGUAACUUCCCACAUUUAUUUGCCGAUUCAAAGGUCUUUUGUUUCAUCUGUUUAAUCUUCCAUUCUAUCUCCUGAUUCAUCAAUUUCAUAUACUGUACUUGGUAUAGCUUUAUUUCUUUUAAAAUCUCCUGUGAGUUCGGUUUCGCUCUCAAUCUUUUUCCUCCAUCCUUUAUUUUCUCCAAGAUUUUUUCUCUCUUCUCAUUUUGGUAUCUUUUCCUAAUUGCAUUUUGUUGUAUCAGAAAUCCUCUCAUCACCGCUUUGCUAGCAUCCCAAAUCACUCUUUUUUCUGUCGUAGUAUUCAAGUUUAUUUCAAAAUAGUCUCUCAAAUUUUUUUGAGCCUUUUUAACAAUUUCCUCAUUCCUAAAUAAGGAGUCAUUCAUCCUCCAUCUAAAGGCCCCAAUUGGCGUUAAUGUCAUUUCAAUCUUUACUGGGUUGUGGUCGGAGCAUAUUUUCGGACAAAUCACUGCUUUUUUAAUUUUAGGAGCCAGUCCUCUAGUUAUCCAAAUUUGGUCUAUUCUUGUCCAUGUCAUAUUUGCUUCAGAGAAGAAGGUUCCUUCUCUUUCCAAGGGGUUCUUUGUUCGCCAAAUAUCCACAAGAUCCAUGUUGUCAGUCAUUUCAAAGAAUGUCUUUGGUAGUCUUCCAUCUUUUGUCACUGUUUGUCUUUGGGCCUUGUCCAUAUUUGUAGACACUACUCCAUUCAUGUCUCCCAUCAAAAUAAUAUUGUAAUCCAAAUAGUCCAAAAGAGUUUCAUGCAAUUUCUUGAAGAAUUCUGAUUUUCCCUCAUUUGGUGCAUAUACACCUAAUAUCAAGAAUUUCUGUCCUUGGAAUUGAAUUUCAAUUGCUAUAUAUCUUCCUUGAUCAUCUUUAAAUAUGAAUUUUGGUGACAGGCUUUCCUUCGCAUAAAGUACUACCCCUCUUUUUUUUAACAUUGUCCGAUGAAAUAAAUUCCUCUCCCAAUCUUUUAUUUAUCAAAAUUUUCCGAUGCAGCCUUGUCACGUGAGUCUCUUGUAAACAGAUCAAGUCCAAAUGUUCUUUUUUCAAUGUAUGAAAUACUCUUCCCCUUUUAGCCGACGAAUUUAGACCGUUAAUAUUCCAGCUUAAAAUUUGUAGUGUCAUUUUGUAUCUACUCUCCUUCUCCUCCAGCAGCCCCAAGAAGCUUGUCUAUGUCUGUCGGUGGCGUUGGUUUCCCUUUUUUUUCCUGUUUCUUGUCCGGUAUCGCAAUGUCUUUUCCCAAUCCUUUCAGUAGAUCUUCUUCAUAUGCACUCAGAAACUUGUUCUUUUCCUCCACUGAUCUGAUCUUGGUCUUUCUUCCCUUAAAACUAAAGGAUAGGCCUUGGGGAAAUUCCCACCUGAAAAGAAUUUUAUUUUUCUCAACAAGUCCACCAAAUCUCCAAAAUCCUUUCUCAAAUCAAGAAGAUGUUUUGGUAUAUCUUUAAAAAUUUCAACUUUUGAUUGUAUAAUUGUCAAGGGUUUUUCGUAAUGUAAACCCAAAAUUUUGUCCCUUUCUUCCUUAGAUCGAAGAGUAAUCAAACAGUCCCUUAUUUUAAUCUUUCUUCCUCCUUUCCCCAAUCGAAAGGCUCUCACGAUCUUAAAAUCCUCUUGUUUCAGUUCCGAUUUCCAAAAGUCCAGAAAUUCUUGUGUCAAAAAGUCUAUCAAAGUACCUUUCUCCAACUCAGGGACAGCUCUGAUUCUGAGAUUUGUUUGUUUGUCUCUGAGGUCUAUCAUAGAUAACGUUAGCUUAUGUUCUGCAAUCUCUUUCUGUAUAUCUGGUACUUUUUCAGUUUCCAACUGCCCCAAUUUAAACUCUACAGCAGCAGUUUUUUCCUGUAUUGACUUUGAGUCUUGCAACAAUUUCUGAAUAGAUUCCGUGUUGCUGUUUACUUUUUUCUCCAAGUUGCCUAAUGUUUCUGUAUUUAGGUCAAUUUUCCUGUUUGCAGUAUCCACUUUCUGACUGGUUUCUUCCACCUUCCUGUUCGUCUCUCCCACUUUUGUAGAUAGCUGCUGUAUUGAAUCAUUAAUCUUAGAUAGAGCACUAGCUAGAAAUUCCUCAGACAUUCCACCAAUCUUAGAUUGUGUUGCCGACGUAGGCAGACCAGCAGAUGAUUGCCUUCUAUGUGUCCAAGGUUUCCCUGAUCUCAAGGUUGACUGGUCCUUAAAACCAUCAGCCAUAACAGAGUGAAGGUCAGGUUACUUUCCCACGUCCACUCUUCCUGUUUAUACUUGGAAAAUUCCUUUCCUUUCCUGCAGUUACAGAAAGUCCCACUAGAUGGACACUGUUGCCUCUUAACAAGUUACUGUCUUUUAAAACAACAAGGGAAAGAUACUAAGUAGAAGGAAAAAAAGAGUCCAAAGUAAAAGCCACAAUAAAACUUUUCAGUCUUUUCCAGUCUUUUCUCAGUAAAAUUGGUCACUGUGUAUCUCCUUUGCAGCCAGCAGACUGCUUUAGCGAUUUUGACAGCUUUGACAGCUGAGUGACAGAUCACUCAUUUAAUCUUUCAAUUUAAAGAGUCCUAUAAAAUCAAAAGUCUUACCCUUAACUCUCCUAAGGGUAGAUCCCUCCAAAGUCCUCAGGUUAGAAGAUUACACUUAUUUCAAUUCAACUCUUCACGUUUAGCUCCAAAUCUCUUUGCUUUGUUCUUUGUACAAUGCAGUGAAGCCGACUUCCUGUUUAAGCUUCCACCGCGGUAGCCAAUUCAGCCAUUUUUAAAGGCUUUAAACUUUUCCGCUUUUUUACCAAAGUUCCAAAUUAGUCCAAAUUCUACUCUUUUUAUCCGAUUCCUCUACUCACGGUUAGUUUUUAAGUCCGAAUUUCCCAGGAAUAAGUCAGCGCUCUCCAGCAACGGCAACGCGGCUUCACUCAGCGGGAGCAGCGAUCCGCUCGCAGCACCGCGCUUCUCUCCCCCGCUCCCUUCCGAAGCCCCAAAAGGCUUCUUUUCAGGUUGGGGGCGCUUCAAGGUGCCCGCCGAGCCUCCACGUUCGCAGGCGUCCGCGCCUGCGAUUUCUAAGGGUCCCCGCUUCGCCGGAGCGCACAGGACCCGAUCUCCCGCCGAGCUACCCCCUCCGAACUUCAAAGGAGGUCAGCCAUUGCUGCUGGCACCAACCGGAAGUCCCACAUUCUUAUGUAUCAUAUGGUUUGGCUAGUUUCUGCUAACACUGUGCUGAAUAAACAUAUCUGAUCAGGAAUGGAACAGUUGUUCUUUAUUUUUUGACCAAAUCACAAAGUGUCUUUAGAGCUUGGAGGUCCUUCUGCAGCAGCUGCAGGAGAAAUGCUGAGACCAAGACGCCCCUUGAACAUCACCUUCAUAGACUUGACAAAGGCCUUUAACCUCAUCAGCCAAAAAGGACUCUUCACACUACUCAAGAUAGGAUGCCUACGGAAGCGUCACAAGAUGAUUGUGUUCUUCCAUGAUAACAUGCCUGGCAACUUCCUAUAUGACGGCACAUCCUCAGAUGCUUUCCCUGUUCGUGUUCUUUUCUUAAAUGCAUGAAUUGCUCUUAUGAAAGUUCCUCUUUGAAUGCUAAAGAGCAGGGUAAAAUGAAUAAAUUUACUCUUAAUGGCCUUGAGGAAAGCUUUUAUAUCAUUGCAGUCUGAGGUGGUACCGUCCUCUAACAAGAAUAGACCAUGCCAGAGACGGCAUAUUUGCCUCAUCAUCAGAAGUGGUAAGUGCGUAGAGAGCAAGCAGGACCCAUUGCAUUUUCCUGCCAAAUGUGCUGGAGAAGGCUACAGUUCUUCAUUCCAUAUACAGAUGCUGACUGGAUUUGCUGCUGCAUCUAAACAGCGAAAGAACAGUGUCCUCCAUUUCUCUUGAGGGCAACAGGCUUUUAACGGACAGACAUUGUAGCUCUACAGCUCAGCACUGCUUACUAACGGGUCUUUUUGGAUGCAAAGUGGCUUCCGCUUUAAACAAAUGCUGCAGCGCUACAUUGGAGGCAGAACAAUAGACACACAGUUCAUGGGCGUACGAGCCUGUCUACUCAGUCAGUGGCCUUUCCCAUGAAGCUCUUUGUGAUGCAAUUGGAAAAGGAGACACCUAGCUGGGCCAAGUCACCAACACGCAAGCAUUAGCACUGCUGGAGUGCCAAGUCAGGAGGGGGGCAAGCAGUCAGGGGGCAUGUGCUUUUCCCUCUAACGUCAGCCACCUCAGGGAGCUACUGCAUGCCUGAGAAUGAGGAGGAAAAGUUCUAAUUUGGGCUAAAGUCAUUUCAGUCAUAUUUCUUUGGGGUUGACAUUUGCUCUUGUGUUGUUCCAGGGAUCUCCGGAGACUGGAAGAACCUCCUGACAGUGGCGCAGAGUGAACACUUUGACCAUGCUUAUCGGAAGAACAUGCGUGGUGUGGAUAUGACCUUCCCAUGGGACUGAAGAAUGCCAGAUUGUUGCUCCUGCUGUUCUCCACAUACUUAUGUUUCAGAUGGAUUCGGUAUUUUCUGCUGAAUAAACAAAUACCUGAUCAGGAAUGGUACAGUUGCUGUUAUUUGUUUAUUGUUUACUAAAUCACAAUGUGGCUUUAGAGCUCAGAGGUCUCACUGCGUCAGCUUAGACUGAGACAUCCCUUGUACAUCGCCUUCAUAGACCAGAUAAUGGCCUUCAAACUCUUCACACUGCUCAAGAUAGGAUGUCCACCUAAGCUUCACAAGAUGAUUUUCUACUUCCAUGAAAACAUGCCCAGGUCCAUCCAAUAUGAAGGCUCAUCCUCAGAUGCCUUCCCUGUUUGUGUUCUUUUUUAAAAUGCAUGUACUACUGUUAGAAAAGUUCCUCUUUGAAUGCUAAAGAGCAGGGUAAACUGAAUAAAUUUAUAUAAUGGGUUAGAGACUGGGUAAAUGAAUAUUUAUCUCUUCAUUCCUAAAAAUAUUUAUAUACCACUGUAUCAUAAAACUAAACAGUAAAAUCACAAAAAGCUAAGAAGAAGUUAAAAAACAAACAAAAAAUAAUUAAAAACAAACAGCAACAGACCAUAGCAGGAAAUGUACUCUUAAUGGCCUGCACUGGCCUGGCGCAACAGAGAAUUUUCAAGCAGGCCUUUAAAAGGUGGCACAAAAGGCUCCUACUGAAUCUCUGUUGGCAAGGGGUUCCACAUGACAAGGCCAAUGACACCGAAAGCUCGGUUUCUUGUCAAAUGAGACACACCAACUCAGGAAACAACUGAAGAUAUUCCUGCAGAUGAUCUCAGUGAUUGUGCUGGAUUAUAAGGUUUCAGGUGAUCCCGGACGUAUCCUGGACCAGGUUGUUCAGGGCUUUGUAAAUCAAUGCAAGAACCUUGAACCUGGCUCAGUAGCAGAUGAGCAGCCAGUGCAGCUGUUUUAACAGUGGGGUCACAUGUUCUCAACCAGAAGCUCCCGUUAGCAAUAUGGCUGAAGCAUCCUGCAGCAGCUGGAGUUUCUGAACCAGCCCCACAGGCAGCCCCACAAGGAACACAUUACAGUAACCUAGCCUCAAGGGUACCAGUGCGUGAACUACAGUGGACAUGCUAUAGACUGGGUCAAAAGCUAUUCUCAGCUGGCAUGCUGCUUGAAGAAAAGUGGGAAGAGCAAAGACCAGAAGAAAAAGAGGAGAAGAGGCAGCCAGUGGUGGAAAGUUCUUCACAAGUUGAAUUGCAGACUGAUUCAGGCCUAUUCCAGUGACGGGGGCGGGGGGCUGGGGCAGGGAUCUGUGCUUAGGCGGAGUCAGGUUGAGGCAGCCCAGGAUUUCAGAGUGAUCCAGGCCUAUUACAGGACCUGUCGUUGGGUGGGGAGCCUGAGGGGUCUGCUUUGCUAGGAUGUUCCAAAAUGGGAAUCAGUGGUGUAACUAGGGUCCCUUGUGCCCUUGGCAAAGAGCUUAAUUGUGCACCCUUCCUCAAAUUGCCUUUAUCAUGCAGUGUGAGAAGGACGGUAAGCUUCUUUUACGUAUGAACUGACAGAAACAGCAGCUUCAUGUCACCAGACACAUAUAUGUUAUCCACUCCAUAGUCUGGUACUUGAUUCUGGCUUCACUGACAGGGACCCAUUUGCUGAACCUAUGAGUUUCUUCAGUGAAAGCUCUGGGGAAGAAGAUCAGAGCGGAGUUGAAUCUUUGCACAACACCUGGCGAGCAGCGGAUUUGGCCUGGAGGGCUGCAAAAUGCUCCUUCACCAGUGCCUCUCCCAGCAAGAUUGAACCUCCUCCCCAUCUAUGAAUUGGGGAGGUGGGGGGGCGGGGAAGAAAACACAUCGCCUGCUGACUCAGUAUUUAAGUCUUGCUCUGUGAGCCAGGAAGAGAAGGACGCUCCAGACUCAACUGUAGUGAGCAUGGCCUGUGUCUUUAAGAGGCAUGCCUGGAAUAGAAACUCCCUCUCUGGUUGGCAGUGGUUUCAUCCAAAGUUCAUUCGCACUUUCAUCUCAUCUAUGUAGGAAGUGCAUGCUAUGCUGAGUUCUUGAUCUUCUGCUGACAGAAAAAUAAAGCUGCUGAAGUUUCCCUCAUUCCUCCUGCUUCCUGAUAUUACUGCAGACUCUUUGCAAGGUUUCCUCUCACAGUAAGUAUCUUUCCCAGACCCACAGGAUGCUCCAGUAGCUGCUGAAUUAUAAAGACUGCUCCUGUUUCCUUCCUGUAUUCAAGGAUUGAUUACGUUCUUUCAGAUCAUCUCAACCUCCUUUUUCUCCCCUUGAUGAAUUCUUCCCCAGUUGCCUUCUCCCUUUUCCAGAUUCCCUCUUUCGUUUUCCAGAAUGGAACAUGCAUGGGUUUUAAACUAACUCCUAUAUUCUACAAAUGUAGCAGUGGAAGAAAGACAGGACAACAGGUCCACCCACUGGCUCUCCCCCUGCUCCUUUCCUCCCUGCUCUUGGCAGUCCUCCACAUGUUGGCAGCUGUGUGAGAGAAGGGAGAGCAAUGCGUCUGCUGAGAGACCCGCUUCAUUUCACUUCUCUUCUUCCCAAACAGAUUCCAUGCAAUUUGGUAAUCAGUUUCAGAUCUUUGAAGCUCUACAUAUGGAUUUUCUUCCCCCUUCCCCUUUGGAUUGUCUUUCGAGAUUUUAAGGCUGUGAGUGGGGACUCUUUGCUCUGCUCUUGGUUUACAGCUGUUACGUAAAGCUGUUCUGGACAUGUUUGCAGCUGUUGAGCAAGUUGAAUGCUGUAAAUAAAUAAAUGAGUAUCAAGGGUUCCAUAUACAGGCAAAAGUUCACCUCACCUGGCCUCAUAUUGGCAGAAGCAGGAAAGAGGAAAGACUAUUUUGUACUUCAGGUAAACAGUGUGGGAGUAGCCCCAGAAGCAAUUGUGCAUGUGUGUGUACAGAGGGGUGUGUGUCUAAUUUCAGGCAGGUGGGGCUGUGAUGUAGCACUCCCUUCUUGCGUAAACUGAUUUUCCUCCAGUUGCUGCAUAGUGGCAGUGAUCCAGAGAAGGUGAAUGGGGCCUAUUUCCUCAUGGAAGUGAAGGUGAUUGGAGUUUAUUGUGUGACCAUUUUGUUUCCAAGAUCUUACUGAGAUUUGAAAGCCUGAUAUGAUGUGCACUCAAAACCGAGUUCAUUGGAUUUCCCCCCCACCAUACCUGGAGGCACCACCCAGACACCUAUUAAUGGCCCAGCAAUUCCUCCUGAACUCUCCCUAUUCUCUGCUGAAGCAGAGAAGGGGGGGGGGUCAAGAAGCUGCUGAAGAAUCACGGGAAUGGUCCUCUCUGGCUGCAAGAAGUUCCUCCCGUAUCCCGGUCUCAAAGAACAGGCAAGAUCAUGAGGAGGGCAGAGAAGAGACCAGAGAUACGCAGAGACAGUUGGAGACUGCUUGGGCAACAUCCGGGAGAGGAGGAGCCUUAGAAAGUGUGGAAGAAAGGGACAUUCAGUCUGGACAACAGCUCUACAGUGGUACCUAGGGUUGAGUACUUACUUCGUUCCGGAGGUCCAUUCUUAACCUGAAACUGUUCUUAACCUGAAGCACCACUUUAGCUAAUGGGGCCUCCUCCCUGCUACCGCACCGCUGGAGCAUAAUUUCUGUUCUCAUCCUGAAGCAAAGUUCUUAACCCAAGGUACUAUUUCUGGGUUAGUGGAGUCUGUAACCUGAAGGAUAUGUAACUGAGGUACCACUGUAUAGGGGAAAGACGUACCACGAAGUAUUGCUGAGUUGUUUAACGUUUCCUUGAAUAAAGCAUUAAUUUCACUGACAACGGACUCUGCCACUUCGUGCUGAACACUAUCUGACCCAGCAAUGAUAGAAAUGACAUGUACUCAGAAGUGAGUUUCUUGGGUUUUUUCCACCACACCUGGUGGCACCACUUGAGCAUCUAUUGAUGGCCCAUCACCACGUCCUGAACUCUCCCCUUCCUCCUGCUCCCCAGCUAUUCCCAGAGUUUUUCUAGAACAGUAGCUGCACGAAUGUCCCUAAGGAUGUGGCAUAAUUUUUCUCUCUCCUUCUCUCUCUCUCCCCUCAUCUUCAGUUUUUCAGUAUCACCAAUGCCUUAUUUCAAAUACAAGGGGAUCCCAUUUUCUUCAGAAUUCUUUUCAGAGGAAACACUCAGCUAUGUGGAAAACGACUUCCAACUGUUGGAUGAUGAUAUAGUGAACGCCACUUACCCCAAGUCAGGUCAGUGUUGCAAUUAGGAAAAUAGAUUUUGGAUUUAGUGGACAAAGUGCUCAACCUGCCAGCCAUAAGUUUGCUAUUGACAUAAGUCACGAACAACCACCAUGUAGCUGCAUAGAGGUAGAAUUGUAUUGCAAUAUAUAGGACCAUCUUAAACCAGUUCCACUCCUGGAUAAAGAUUUGUCAAGGAGCAACAAGCAAAUAAAUUAUAAGACAUUUACAAAUGAAGGAAGAUAGCAAAUAAGUGGAAUAUCUGCAUAGAACUGUCUACCUCAUGUGAAAGUUACAUGUUUUUCACUUUCUGAACUACACAAAGUGAAACACAGGCAAUCCCUGAUUUUUGCAAUGAGCUUCUUCAGCUAAGUAAUGUGUACAAAAAUGCAUAUAAGUGUACAUAAAAUGCAUACUUUAGUGGGGGAAACCAUAAAAAUGCAUUAUAUUGGGAGGGGAAAAUGCAUUGUAAAAAUGUGCAAGAAAUUUCACAAACUGACGUGGAAAUAUGGAGAACUGAUCUUAAGAUUGCAAAAAUGAGAAUUCAAAAUAGAAAUAUUACACAAUCCCUAGCCACUGUUGAUGUUCACAGAAGGAAGCAAAAGAACCCUUGAAAUUCCUGGGGAAGUCAAGAAACCUUGGAAAAAAGAGAGAUUUCCCAAUCAUUCUGUCUUUCUGGAAUAUCUUAACCCAGAUAUUUACAGCGCUCAUGAGCUGAACUGGGAAUAUUCCCAGGAGAAUCUUAUAUGCUAUGGCAUGCUUCUGUCAGGUCACUAGGAAGGCUGUCAGUGCUGGAUAUGGGUGGUGUGGGUGGUUCCCUUGCAAAGGGGCCCAAGUCGAGGGGGUUCAUAAUCAUAAUCACAAUGAAACCUAUACUUCUAUGGUUACCUACAGAGAAUUAUUAAAAAAGCAACUGUACCUUAAAAUAUUAUGGUGAAAAUAUAUUGGGGAGGUGAGGGGAAAAUUUUGUCCUUGCUCAGGACACCAUAUUACCAAAGUCUAUCUCUGAUGCUGUGUCAGGAUAACCAUCUCUACAGGUUGAUUGUAUAUAGACGAAUAAGCCACCUUUCUGGUACAGUCAUUUUCCAAAAAUCCUCAUAAUUAACACGCAGUUAAUUUAAUAAUUGAAUUCAAACAACAUGGAUUGACAAGGGCACAGCAAGGUGACUGUCCACCAGGAUAAAGAUUCUGUGAAUACCCACAAUGCAGGAGCUAAAUCCUAGGGCUAGGAAGUCGAUAGUAAAGCUACUUAGCAGGAGAAUUCAAGGAACCACUGGAAUCUAGACUAAGAGCCCCACAAGUACAUCACAAAUCUAGCAAGCAGGUAAGUCAAUGGGUAACUAAGUUAAAAGAAGCAAAUUAUCAAGACCAGCAUGGGUGUGGGGUUUUUGCAUUGUUUUGCACCCUCUGCCAUUUGUAUGAAUAUCUCCCCAUGUGUAUGUCAGAAAUGCCAUGAGUUUCAGGCUCUCAGGGAACAAGUUCCUUCCCUUGAAGCCAAGGUUGCAGAACUUGAAAGUGUAGGAGGCAGAGAAAGUGGCCAAGGAGACCUUCAGGGAUGUGGUAGCUGGGUGACCUUCCCACAAUGACAGUUCUCCUGCCCUCAGGAAGAAGGGAGGUCCUGAGAAAGGGGAACAUCACUUUGAAGAAGAGGGAGGCAUUCCCUUAGAAAGGACCCGUGUUGCGUUCACAAGGUAAAGGAAGGAUUGAACUCUGAUUAAUAAGAAUACACACAGAGAAUGAACCAGCAAGACUCUGGGAAGGGUGCGUAUAAUUGUGUCUCUCUGUGCUUGUCCGUUGCCUGCAGCCCCUCUGGCCCAGGCCGUUUUAUUCACAAAAGAACUUUUUACAGAGUGUUCGUAAGAACCAAUCAGAUUUCUUCUGAGCAUUUCACAAACCCACGUGGGGAGAAAGUUAAUCUAUAAACACUAGUUAUCCAUGCAUACUUUUGGGGUAAAUAAGUUGAGAACUACAAAGGGAGCAUCUGGCAACCCCGCUGGUAAUAAACAAGCAAUACACAUGAUAAGGAGGAUGGCCAGGAGGACAGUGAGCAUUAUCACCUUAAUGUGAGAUCUGUUUCCUGGCCCUAAGAUGAACAUCCUACAUCAGAGAAACUUGCCCACUGUCUUGGAUGACCCAGGACGCCUGCCUGUCUAAGUGUGUACGUGAUUUGUGAAGAGCAAGGAGAAAUGGGCAGCAGAGGCAAAAGGGCAUGAAUGUAGAAUCUUAUGGGAUUUAAUCAGAAAUUAUCGUCAAUAUAUCAAACCCAGUCAACACAAUGCUUUCAUCGUGGACACGAUGGCUUGAUGUAUAUUUUAUAAUUGCUCAUGGUAAUCCCACCUGAUCACUACAUCUCUGGAUAUUUGCACUCCUACAACCCGUUUCUUGGAAGUUGGUAUAGGGACCUGUGUUUUUGUAACUUGUUCAUAAGUGAUCAAGUAGUGAGGUGGCCAGGUUUGCUGACACUAAAAAUAGACGGUCAGUAAAAUGGUGAAUGAAUUUAAUGUAAACAAGUGUGAAGUGAUGCAUGUUGGAGCAAAACAUCUCAAUUUCCCAUACACGCUCAUGGGGUGUGAAAUGGAGGUGAUGGAGCAAGAGCGAGACCUUGGAGUCAUCUCAAGGAAAAUGUUGACCCAGUGUGCAGUGGUCGUGAGAAAAGCAGAUUCCAUGCUGGGGGUCACUAGGAAUGGAAUGAAAACAAAACUGCUGGUAACAUAAUGCUUCUCUCUAGCUUCCCACAGGCUUCUGGGAGAAACAGGAUGCCAGACUCAAUGGGUCAUUGGCGUCAUCCAGAAGGCUAUUCUUCUGUUCUCACUUGUGCCACACUCAACAAAAAAAUAUAGUCAGUUUCACCACGGUAAACCGUUCCAGAAUCUGAGUGUCUUGCCCCAUAGGAGGGUGCUGAAUAGCUAGAAGAGGAAGAAGAUUCAUUGAAAUUCUUAUGUUCCUCUAAUUGCUUUUCAAGGGCCAGGUAUUAAUGCACAAUGAUUGACUGGUGGAUUUCCUCCUAGGUACCCAUUGGAUGGCAGAGGUCUUGAGCUUAAUCCAGAGCCAAGGGGACCCCUCAUGGGUUCAGAAUGUAUUACUGAGGGAAAGGGCACCCUGGAUUGAGCUGGAUGAUAACUUGCAGAUUGCCUUGAAAAAUCCUCCCCCCAGACUCCUGACAACUCAUCUGCCAUUCCAGCUUUUCCCCAAGUCCUUCCUCCACUCCAAGGCCAAGGUAAAAGAGGAACAAUGGACACAUAAAGACUGUCUUUGACUCUUGUCUUUUGGCACACAGAUGUGGGGGAUUUGGGAACACUUGACAGGAGGAUGCCAUUUUCUGUACUAGAGAAUGGGGAGGACUAUUGGGAAUUUCCUUAGCAGUUUCCUGAUUGUGGAAGAACUUUAUGUGUACAUGGUCCACAUUCAUGGUCAGCCCAGGUCCUCACUGGAGGCGUCCCCUGUUCCCAUGUCAGGUUUUAGUUAUCAUGCCUUCAGUUUGCUGCCGCACUCUGCCUAUUGAUAGUGUUGGGCUGCCUGGGCCCUCCUUCAAUAUAGAUCUUCCUCUGUUACAGGUAGUCUAUACUCUGCGUAACCCCAGAGAUGCUAUGGUUUCAAGCUACCACUUCAACAAAGGCAUUAAAGUAUGGAAGGACCCUGGAACUGUGGAAGAGUUCAUGGAGAGAUUCCUGAGAGGGGAAAGUAUGGAAGGAGGCAAAUCAGCCACUCUUGUUUGCUGUGACCCAGCACCAGUGAUGUCCACUGCCAAAAAACAUUUAUUAUUAGCUAACUCUAGAGUUCUAUCCGAAAAUUAUAAUUCCCAAUUGGAUACAUGGAGAAGGGCAGAAAUGUGGCAAAGUCCUACAUUUGUCAUUUGCUUUCAAAGAAAAUCAGUAAAUGUCCUUUCAGAUGGGCGAGAUUGGCACUACAAUGAGAAGAGGGUGAAACUUAAGGAAAGUCCUUAACAGCUGGGUGAGAUUGGCACUAACAAGAGAAUAGAUCAAAAUCGAUGUUAGCAGACAUUCUCACUGAUGGAAGAAAGAAAAAGAAACCAUAAUGGAGAAAGCCCAUUAAAGCGUAAGAUUAUUGACUCAUUCAAAGCUUUACUUCUCUUGUACAUGGAUAAUGUCAGUACACAGAGAAGUCAAUAGGCAUUGGACAUAGGAUAGCGUUGAAGUUUCCUGUUACUGAUUUUGUUUGGUGUUUCCUCUACGUCUACAAUAGCAUUCUCUUCUCCCCCCAAUAACUACUUACAUUUCAUCCUUGCUUCCUCUUUGCUCUUUCAGGAGAUUAUGGUUCCUGGUUUGACCACGUGAAAGGCUGGGUGGAGAUGAAGGAGAGAGCCAACAUCUUCUUCAUCACCUAUGAAGAACUACGGCAGGUAAAGGUCCAGUUUUAACUUUGUUGACCUGCAGCCCCAAUUCUGACAUUAUUCACACAUGAAGGUGCCUUCUUUUUUGAAAGAUUCUACCAAUAUUGGCCAGAAAGGGAUUCUGAGCAUGUGCAAAAUUCGGCGCUACCUCUACAUACACUGCAUAUCACUGCAGAGUACAUUUCCUUUCUUCUACUUUAGAGCAGAUGUGCCAAUAACCUGCUUUUCUGCCUCAAAGGUAAUGUCUCUUGGUAACUCAGGUGCCCCAUGUGUACAGGCUGAGGGGAGGUGGAGACAGAGUGGCUUCUGCAAGGUGAUAACAUCAAAUUCCACAUCCUCAAGACAUUCAUUUUGCCCAAGGCACAUUGCAUACUGGUACUCAUGCUCUCUGUGUGCCACCUGAUCAAGGGCAAGCUCUCUACAUCACAUGAGGAUUCACAGCCAUUUCCUUUUGCUUUCUGCAGGACCUUCGAGGCAGCGUGCAGAAGAUCUGUCAUUUUCUUGGCAAGGAGCUGAACAGCCAACAAAUUGAAUCUGUGGUGGAAAACGCCUCCUUCCACAAAAUGAAGGACAACAAGAUGUCUAACCUUUCCACAGCACCAGAGAACCUUUUUGACCAUACAAAAGCAACGCUCAUGAGGAAAGGUAAUAACAUUGGAGUGCCAAGGAAUAAGGCCACAAUGCUGCAUGCCAGGGGUGAAGAACCUCUUCUUUUUCUGUGGAUGUUUGAAUGUCUCACAGAAAAAGUCUGUCAGCAACCAGUCAAUAGAGCGUAGAGUCAGAGCUGACUGUGAGCACAGUUUGCAGGUCCAGAAGGGGGUACAGUUUGCAGGACUGUAUACCUUCCUCUCUGUGCAACAUUCCAUCUAAGUCUAUGUGCUGGUCCUGGGGGACGUUACCUUGAGGCGUGGUCAGAGUCCAGUCCUGGGUCGAGGGUCUGGAGACUGUCCACCAAGGGCGAAGCGGGAUCCAAAGCAAGAAGCCGGGUGUGGUUGGGAACUCCGGAAAAACAGGUCUGGGUGCUGGCAGAAACAGGUUUCCAACGACGUUGCUCCCACAACCUGGGACUGGGCUGACUGGCCUUUAUCUCCUCUGGGGCCUAGGGCGGUCCCGGCCCACAGGUGACUCGCCUCUUCUGGCUUUAAGGUGAGCACUCCUCCUGAUAGAACUUAAUUCCCUCCGCCUCUCUGCCCUGAGCCUCUGCAGCUCAGGAGAGGCUGGAGGGUUACUGGACCCAGAGGCCGCCUCACCUUCCCCUGACAGGGCUGGGAGAGGAGCACCUGCAGGCAAUGGGUCCUCAAUCACCCCCGGAGCCAGAGUGGAUUCAUCUGGUGUCUGCUCCUGAGGAUCCAGCACAGGUGAGGGCCCUUCAGAUUCAAGGCUCUGCCCCGGCUCAGCCGGCCCUGGAAGCGGAGACUCCUGUGCAGGCUGGGAUUCCUCCGGUUCAGCCUCUGAAUCCAAUUCCCAGGCCAUCACAGUCUAUCUAUUUCAUGGGUGUCCAGAUCAAAAUAAGAAAUUAUUCUGAAAGAGGCAGUCUGGAGAAAAAGGGCCUUUCUGCACGAUUUUGAGACCAGGAUAAUGCUGUGGACUCCCUGAAUAUAGGCUGCAGAUUCUCCAGGCCAUCAAGACACAGUAGUUGCCUCAGAGUUGUUUAUGCUAGAUUUGGCAGGUUCUGUGUCUUUCACAUUGAUUUGGAAAGCAAGCAGAAAUUCAGAAGAAAGAGCAACAGACACACGGUUCAUGGAGAUCUCUGAGGUGCAAUAAGAAAGCAUGGCUGGACCCAGCUGGUCCAGGUACCCAACAUGCAUGCAUUAGUGCUGCUGGAAAGCCAAAUCAGGAGGGUGGGAAUGGUUGAGGAGGGGCUCGGGGCAAACAGUCAGGGGGCAUGUUCUUUCCCCCCUAACAUCAGCUACCUGAGGGGUUGCCUACCUCACAGCUGAGCACAAGGAAGAAACGUCCCAAUUUAAGUUUACGUAAUUUCAGGUGAACAUCUUGGUGGUUGCCACUUGCUCUUGUCUUGUUCUAGGGAUCUGCGGGGACUGGAAGAACCACCUGACAGUGGCACAGAGUGAACGAUUUGACCGUGUUUACUGGGAGAACAUGCGUGGUGUGAAUAUGACCUUCCCUUGGGAAUGA